AUGGGAGUGGAAAAGGGGGCACUUACUUGGAAUGUCUAUGGCAAAUUGUGAGUGUUGCUGGUUGACCAGUGAGCUCUAAUCCUUACACUGUAGUUACAUUGUAGAUUUCAAAACUUUCCAGAAUGUGGGGCCUUGAAGAAGCUUAUCUGAAGCUAUUUCCCCGCUGAUAUUUUGGUUCCUGCACUGGCUAAAGGUUCUGAGUGAAGAAGACCACAGUGUUGCAUUCUAUCUCUCAUUGUGCAGCAAUCUCAUGUUCUUAUAAACCCAUAUGUCGAUUCAUCAGAAGUGCGGCCAACAUGGCAACAGGAUUUUGAAAAUAUAUUUCCUUGGCAUGUACAUGAGCACAGCCCUGAAGUUGCCCAGCCUAAUAUAGUGCUUAGUGCCCUUCACUGUGCCAUUUUCAGGAAGUCUUAAAGUUGUGAGGUGUGCUUCCUUUGUGCAAAAGAUCUUGUUUCGGGUCUUCUGGGCUCUGCUUAAUGCCUGCCUGCCACUGUUGCUGGUAUCCCUUGCUAUGUAGAUACCAGUCUCCUGAUAGUAUUAGGUCUUCUCGCUACUGCAGCAGAAAUGCAUGUACAAAGAUUCUGUUGGAAAGCCAAUACCUGGUUCCCCACUACUAAUGCAAAAGCUGUUCCCCUUUUUUUACACCUAAGGUCACUUAGAACUCAGCACAUGCUGCCCUUGGGGAUUCUUCAGAUCACGGCAAUGCCGUGGUGCGUUUGCUACAUUCCCAGCUGCAAUGUAUAUAAAUAUGUAAUAUUCCUAGAAGGAAGAUGAUUAGCAGCGUGCUGAGAGUUCCCAUGUGAGUCACCUACUGAGCCUCAGGCACCUACUGAAGACUUCUUUUUAAUUUUAGCAGGCAUUUUGUUGAAGUUUGAUUUUAUAGUUUGAACUGAUUUUUAUUUUUUUUGUAUUCUGUCUUUGUAAACUGCUUAAAAACUGUUGUACUUAAGCAGUAUAUAAAUUGUUUAAAUAAAAUAAAAUAAAAAUGUUAGAGCUGUGGUAGAGAGCUGAUCAGGGAGGUUGUUUUUAGUGAUCUUCUCAUGGGCAGAAUAACAAGAGUGCUGCCUCUUGUUGGCGAUACCUGAUAACCCGCUUUGCUCUCAGAGCAACUGAUAUUUCCUUCCCUGGUGUAAGGCUUCAGCGAGAGGAGGAAGGGACAAGCGCAGAGCAGGGGACACUCUGUGUUUGAAUCCAUGUUUGAAAUGUUGCUCAGAUUCGGCGUUAAGAAGCCAAUUGGUGCCAAGGGAGCUACAAGCUGUAGUCACCGCCUUAAGCAUUGUUUGGCUGCCAACACAGAUAUACAACAGUAAACUGGGCAUGUGCAGACAUAUUGAGUAAAAACUGAUCUAUCUUUAAGUAUAAAUCUAUGUUCCUCAAGGAGUGGAACCAGCAGUGGGUCUGUCAGAACCAGGCAAUUUUUGUCUCCGUGAGAAAAAGCUAUAUUUCCAAAGGGACAGAAAGCUUGCAUUGCUAUACACCAAGGCCCAGCCCAACAGCUGCUAUGACCAAAAGGAUAUAUGCAUGUGUAGCUAAUGAUAAUAUUUCUAUUGAUCUACCUCAUAAUGCAAUCUGAGCUCUGGUACUGGAAGAAGAAAGCAGAAAAUUAAUUACUAGUCUGCAUAAUGGCAAGGCCCAAGGGAGGACUUUUCACUCAGCAACAUUUUUUAAAAAAAUUGACUCUGGAUGGUUGGUUUGUAUUUUUGUGGUUUUUUCAGAUUUUUGGAUCAAACUGGCUAAUUUCUAUCAGGCUGGCUUACAUGUGAUUCACACAUAGUAGUUCUCAUGGUUUGCAUGCUGCAAUCUUAAAUCAUAGAAUUGAGCCCAACAUGGGGCUUGAACCCACGACACUGAGAUUAAGAGUCUCAUGAUCUACUGACUGAGCUAUCUGGGCUUCUAAAUACAUAUUUCUGACUAUGGCUGAGCUGUUUUCUGAUUUGAAGGUCACUUAAGCAGCCAAAACAGCCGCCACCACCACCACAGAUAGCCUUGAACUUUGCCAAAGUACAACCAAAUAUUUAGAAUUCGCCCUUCCAAAUAGUCCCAUGAAGACUGAGCAUGCUCAGUGCCACCAAAAUGCAGACUGACUAUUGGAUGAGGUUGGCGGUGAGGACACAGAAAAGCACAGGGAGGGGAAUUGAAUGGAGGCGGCCUCAAAUAUGUUUCCAAUUCUAAUUCAAACAAAUGAAAAGUCUCACAGCCCACACUGAGAUGUGGUUUUGCUUGCUUUCUACUAUAUGAACCAAACGUCAUGUCCUUAGUGUUGAUGGUUAGAUAACAAAAUUGUCUACCAGUGGUGUGUCUUGGGCCACAAAUUUGCUGCAUUUCAUUUUCCAGGUGGAAAACACCUGGAAUUUUGGAAUACGCCUCACGUAAUUUCUAGUAAUAAAAGCAAGUCCUGGAUCAUGUAAGAACUUAAGGAAAGCCCAGACAGACCAGCGCAAAGGCUCUAUCUAGUCCAACAUCCUCUUUCUCACAGUGGCCAACUAGUGCCCUGGGGAAGCCCGCAAGCUGUGCAUUAAGGAAAUAGCCUACUACCGCUGUUGUUCCCUAGUGGGUGUGCUGGCACCGAACCUUGUGGUUAUAUGUGCACCCCCUCAAUGACUGGCAACCAUUUAGAGAUUUAUUGUCAAUGAAUUCGUCUAAUCCCCAUUUUAAAGCCAUCUAAGCUACUAGCUGCCACCAGGUCUGAUGUGACAGCAAAUUGCAUAAAUUAAUUAUGUUCUGUGUAAAAGUAUACCUCUUUUUAUCUGUCCCAGAUCUCCUGCUAAUCAGUUUACUAGGAUGUUCCUGGGUUCUUUUCUUAUGAGACACUUUCUCCAUGCUACGUAUACAAAUUUCUACCAUGUGCCCUUCUGCCCUCUGUUGCUUCCCCUGUAAAAAAACAUAGUCCCCCCAAAACAUGUAAUUCUUCUGUUAUUUAUUUGUUGGGCAUUCCAUGACUCCAUAUGGUGUUAAUGUAUCCUAAAUAAAUGUUCCAAUAACAGAAAAGUGGGGGGGGGGGGAGGCAGAAUAGUUUGGGGUGAUAUGAGGUUGAGUGAGUACCUCCUCAUAAACAGCUAACACUAGCAACUUCUGGAGAGAGACAGAGAGUUGGGUAUAUCAAGCUCUUCUCAACAAAGAAUGGUUGCAGAGUAUAAAUACUACCACUGCGCCAAAGAAGACAGAUGCUGUAAAUAGUGGAGGGGUCAACCACAUUGCAGACUGUUUCUCAAAUCAGGAAUAGGCCCUACUCCACUGACAGCAAACUGGAAAUAUAAAUGCAAAAUAAUUGUGAAAUAUAAAGGCAAGACAGAGAGUGAGUGCGGCAUUUGUGCAGACUUGGCAAUCCAGCGGAGACAGGUUGAUUUAAACUGAUAGCCACGGAAACCUUCAAUAUGCUUUACUGCCUCCUUCUACUAGGACUGCACAAAGGAAUGUCCUUAUUUUGCUGGCACUGUUGCUCGUGUUAAAUAUUUAUCUUGUAUUUCUCCCAUAGGAUUCUGGGGAUGUUUAGUUUCGGAGACCUUUCUAACUGUCAGGUUUUUAAAUUGAAGUAGUUCCGAAGGUUCUCUCCAUCUAUUUUCAGUUCAUUGAAAACCACACUGGAAGUAUUCCUUACUGGUAUUAAACAUUCUUAAUGCCGUUUUUUGAAUCAGAAAAAUUUGCUGGGGCAUCCAGUGUGGCCUUUUCCUAUUUGAAUAUAAAUGGGACUUCCAGAAGGCCAAGAUUACAAUAAUAAAGCGUCUGAUAAUGUGCAGAGCAACUUCCCAUCAUGACGGACUAAUUGCAUCUAGCCCUUAAAUAUUUGGACUGGGGGUGAUGGCGGUUGCCAUUGCUUCUAACUCAGUGGAAAUGUCUUCUAGGCAGGCAUGAGAAUGCUGAAGUGAAAAUUAGUUAUGCAUUUUUGUGUUCUUGCGCUUUUGCCAUUAUUUUCUUUUGGGUUUCCACAUGAAAAGUUCCUAUAGGACUGGGACAAUCCCAAACUCCAUAGACCAGAUGUGAGGAACUUUUGGGUCUCCAGAUGUUUCUGAAUGACAGCUCCCAUUAUCCCUAACCAUUGGCUAUGCUUGCUAGGGUGGAUGGAAAUUUCACAAUAGCAGUGGGUUUGUACAGCACAAAGCUGAAGUAACUCCCUCCCAAGAGAAACUCCUGAGAGGCAUAGGAGUAGGUGCUGGACCUUCUUACAGUCCUCCUUUGGGUAAGGAGUGCAGGCACAGGAUAAAACUGGUGUGAUUGUUUUAUACAGGCUUUAUUUAGAGCAUAUGAAAAUGAGCAUCUGUAUUUAUCAGAACAGCGUUUGUGACCUAACCUGUCUGGUCUUGUGACUGCAAUAAAGACUGAUUGAUUAUGACCUAAGAAUGAACAUAUUCGCUACUUGAAAAAGACCCAAGUAGAAGAAAUCCAAUAAUUAUUUUAUAUCCAUUUUCAAGGUGUGGCGAGGAUACAGAGUCUGUACAUGAAGACCAAACAGCCAGUUCCCUCCACAGGUAUCUUGCUAUUGUGUUUUAUUAAAGGAAAUAAAAUGUAGCAAGCAGAUCUCUUUUUAAAUUUAUCUUAGGGAUUUUUCAAGAACCACUUUCUUAGGAAUUGCAAACAAAGCAUAAAUUAUUACCAGAGAGCAACUCCACAGCUGACCAGAGAUUUAAACAGAGGCCUAAACACAAUUCUAUAAAUGCAGGGCAACAAUGGUGAUGAACUUUAUGAUAAAUACUGGGUUCAAUACCCCCUUACCUCAGCCCAUUAUUAUCCACUAAAUGCUGCACAAUGUGAGGCAAAUUUUCAGAUUUUAGCUUGAGCCAAAAAUACCCUGAGGAAUUUCAGGAGAUAAUAAAACGUUGCCUAGAACUUGUGAAAUCUCUGAGUUUAGUUUCGUGUGUCAUUAGUAAAAACCUCUGCAAAUGAAGGGUCAUUACCUUGAGAGUUAUCAGAUAAUACUAGGUGGAAAAGAGAGAGGCACAAUAUUAUCGGUACUUUCAGAUGUUUUGUAUGAAAGUAGAAUUAGAUGCGAGAGAAAGGUAUUUGUGAGGGCAGGCUAUGCUUGCCAGGUUCACAAAUUAUUGCAGGAAGUUCUUUUGGAAUUAUCCAGUAUUUCCCUGAAAAUGGCUUGAAGACACGUGAUGUUAAACUGUUAAUGCUGAGACGGUCUUAUCCUGGUCAAUUGCUGGGAUGGGAGACUGCUUAGGGGCCCCAUGUAAGACAACGUGAGUCUUCUGUAAUAGUAGUGGUCUGUGCUCCCCCCAAAAAACCAAAAUGUUUAGGGGUACUCUCAUUUUGACUCAAGAUAAUCACCAUUUUAUAGUUCAAAUCAGGAAAAAUAAAGACACCAAAUGGACAAAAGUACAGAGAUUCACAAAAUGUUUAGGGGUGUGCGUAGCUCUGCAUCCCCCCAGAAAAAAGCACUAGUAGUGGUAUAUAACUUUUGUAAAUAUCUGUACAGUUUAUCUCCCAUUAAGCAAAAGCUGGUCAAGUCUUGGGGCCUGCUAGGUCUUGAGAAAACCUCUUCUUUUGUAGUCUCAGGCAGAUGACAAAACCAAGAGAUUUAGCACGUAUUUGGUGGGACACGCUACAUGUUUAGUGUGCUGUGGUUAGCAUCCUGAGGCCCUAGAACCGUGUGUUGCCCUUACUCUAAUUAUUUGCGACCCCCAGCUUCGUUUCUAAAGUCCUCUCUUUGUGAUCAGUUCCAGAGGCGGUUUUAGAGUAGCAUGGCCAGUGCGGUUACACUGGGAGCCACAACAAUGCCAUAUAAUGGAGCACGAGAAGUGGGGUGGGGUGGGGCAAAGUUUAGUGUCACACAGGGUGCCACAGAAAUUUGAGAGCCCAAAGUCCACCACUGUCAGUUCAGACAUUUCCCUCAGUAGCCUGCUAAGUGAGGAGGGGAGAUGGAGAGAGAUAGAAGGGGUUGCCAGAAAGCCAGUGAGAGAGAAGGGUGACCCCACCCACAGUUCACAUGUGGCUCCUAACAGAUUAAAGGUAAAGGACCGCUGACAGUUAAGUCCAGUCGCGAACGACUCUGGGGUUGCGGCGCUCAUCUCACUUUACUGGCCGAGGGAGCCGACGUUUGUCCACAGACAGUUUUUCUGUGUCAUGUGGUCAGCAUGAUUAAGCCGCUUCUGGGGAAACCAGAACCCCUCCACAAAAAGGAAGGGAAAAGCCCAAGUUGCUUACCCCUGAGUUAAAAGCAGCACAGCUGAAGUAUAUGCUUGAAAUGCAAAGGUUGUGAAUUCAGUCCCUAGCAUCUCCAGCUAAAAGGCACCAACAGCAAGUGGUGGGGGAGGCCAUCCGCCAGAGACCCUGGAAAGCUGCUGCCAAUCAUGUUAGACAAAUGGUAGUACUGGACCACAUGCACGAGCUGCCAGACCUAACACAGAAACACAGAAUUGUAGAGUUGGAAGGGACCAUGAGGGUCAUCUAGUCCAACCCUCUGCAAUGCAGGAAUAUUUUGCCGGAUGUGGGGCUCAAAUCCACGACCCCUAGAUUAAGAGUCUUGGGCUUUACCAACUGAGCUAUCCCAGCAUAGGAACGACCUGGUAUAAAGCAGCUUCUAAAGUAUUAGAGGCCUGAAGUAUGGCCUGAAUAAGCAAAUGCAACCAUCUCACUUUUCAGCAAUAUUUUUUGUAGUUUUAAAAAUGUUACAUAGCUCUGUACGUAGCUCUGUCCUGGAAUGUUAAUUAAAUAGGAGAAAAGGGGGGGGAAGCGGGGAGUCUAAACAAAAGUAAUCUAAAAAUAAAUUGUGAGCAUGAUGUCUUGAGCAUUACAUUUCUUGCUCACCCAUCACGGUGCCUUUUAAAAUUUGCUUUUAUUUUCUUCUAGAGAUGAAAACAAGGAAAACCACCCAGACAAAGCUAUAGUCUUAGAGGAAAACCAGGCAGUGUUCCAAGAUACCCAGACACCCUGUGAUGGCACAUUGAGGGUUGGAAUGGGGAACUUAAAAUCCAGAAAGCCCACAUCCAUUUCAAAACCAGAAAAUGGGAAAAACCGUGAAGAAAGUCAGGUAAUAAUAAGCUCUCCUAUUUGCGCUAUAACUGUAUGAUGAAAUGCCGUUUAAAUGCAAAGUGGCGGCAUUUUUAAUCAUUUGGGCAACUGGCUUCCACUGGUGAUCAGGGUCGUGUACGUAAGCGAUAGGGCCACCAGCCACAUUUCAGCUCAUCUGGGAGAUAGACUGGAGUCGCUGCACCUCUACAGAAUGUGCGACAAAAUAGCCCAGCCCAGCCCAUGUAGCUCUAGGCUUCCCAGCUGUGUGAUUGGUCACAGCCCUUUCCUGUCUCCCAUAAUAUUUCCCCUUCCUCUUACCAGGUUUGUCUGUGCCAUAGAUUGGGCAAUGUGCAUCUACGGUGGACAUGUGCCCUACUUUAUAGAGGGCAGUUGUCCACCUGAAGGCCAGGUGAAAGGCAAAGUUCAAAGUCUUACCCAAGUCUAGCUUGGAAAAGUUGCUUUUCGAAAUUUAACACUUGGAUAUCAGACUGAGCAGGCACACAGGCCACAGGCACCCCCCACCAUUGAAAUUAUAUUAAUUAUUUUGUAAAUUUGCAUGCACACACGCAAAUUAGCAUGCACACAAAUUUGAUGCAAAUAAGCUGUCUCCUUGGUCCUCUUUUUUUUUGGUAAUGCAAAUGGCUGCCCUGUCUCAGACUCUGCUGUCCCUCACCUGCUCUGACUUCGCUUACUAAAGGCUGCCUGGAACUGUCCCUUGGCCGCCCUUGAUCCUUAGUUAGAUGUCUUUUCCCGACCACCCAAUUGUCUGUGGCCCAAUCCUGCAGAUACCCAGAUUUUGCUCCUCUCUUCCCCAGGGAUAUUGAGCCCCUUCUCCUCCCAAUCUGUGUGAUUGGGCAAUCCUGUGCGCACCUACCAGGGAGUAACUCUCAUGGAACUCAUGAAUUUUCAAGUAACAUGAGUUGGAUUGAGUUGCGUAAUAUUUCCACUGUCAUUAAGACCAACUCCAAGGAAGGGCAGUGCAAGGUCAGUUCAAGGACAAUAAAUUGUCCUGGGCUUUUACUAGCAGUGCAAAGCAUUCAAGUCAGGAUGGUGGCCCUUUGGUGGAUGCAUUGGGUGCCAACUUUUUUUUUUUGGGGGGGGUGUCUGUGAAUUGUUUGUACCCAUUUAUGGGACCUUUAUGUCAAGCUAGGAUUGCUCCUACAUAUGACUAGGGAGUGAUGGGAUUGGAUGAAGCCCUGAGCUGGUGGGGUUGCUGGCAAUGCCUUAAGAUGUCUCAAGCUGGUGGAGCUAGAAUUGUGAAUCUGGGGUUUUUCUUUAGCCCUUCAUGGUCUGGGAGGUUUGGCAAUUGGCACAUGUGUGUUCUGCAUCCAGUUUGCUCUGCAGCUCAAGUGUGGAGAGAGCUGUUGUGCUUUGUGGGUUUCUUAUAGGCUUCUCACUUGGUUGGCCAUUGUGAGAAUAGGAUGUUGGAAGACAUUAACCUUUCAUCUGAUCCAGCAGGGCUUUUCUUAUGUUCUUAAAUGCAUUGUACCUUCACGAUAUUUUGUCACGGUGCUAGAUUAAAAACCAGCUCUUCACCAGAGCUGAUGUUCCAUCUUGAUAUUCUUUUUAAUGAUUCAGAUUAGUAUAGUCAUUAAUGGCAAAUGCUACAAUAUAUUGUCAUGGAACUGAGAUAGGAUUUCUCCAGCACAGAGUACACACUACCUAUCAUGGUUGAUCUGCAAUAGGAAUCCUACAUGUUUUUAUUUAUUAAUUAAAUUUAUCGCCUUUCCACAAGCAAAAAGUGCCCAGGGUGGCUAGCAAAAAUGAAACAGACCCAAAGAAAACAAGCAUGGUAAAAUAUAUCCUAACAAAACCAGAGCAGAUAAAAACAAGCCAAUGAAUUAGUAGCUAAUCAAAACCAGCAAAAUCUUCUAUUAGCUUGAUCAGUUUCCUUUGUACAGACUCUCACUUCAGAUGGAUCUCCUUUGUGUGCAGGUAUCCUUUUGUUCUCAGAUCCCUCUUGGGCCAAUAGAGCUUCCUCUUCCAUGGAAGUAUAAGGGCAAGCCCUUUAUCAUGUGCGAGAUGUGCUCUUAAAAAACCCUGUGUCUGCAUGGAUUCACUUAAGACUACAGUAUUUCAAUUUGAAGUCUGCUGGAUGAAAAACAACCAUGGAAUUUGUAGGAUGAAACUGAGGUGUUAGAAGGCAAUGCGUAUCGUCCUCCAAUUGCACAUGUAUCAUAUGCAUGGAUAUAAAUAUGGAUAAUGAAAUGAUUCACUCUUAGAUCCUUAAUUGGCACAGAGAUGAACUUCUAAAAUGAUACUAAACUCCUUGGUUUAAAAAGGAGAGCAAAACAGAAUUUGUUAAUUUUUGUCCUAAUUGCUAGGAUGGAGCGCUAAGAAAGUACAGAAAGUAAGAAAGUCUUCAAAGGUGAAGAUGCUAAGAACCUCUGUUUGAAAGAAUAUACAUAGUUUGAUUUAAUCUAGGUGGAUGGUGGCUUCCAAACCCUGAACAACCAAACCCUGAAAAACUCAACAUUUAGGACAUGUUUUUCAGCAUGUGAGGCUGCAGUCCUAUUCCCACUUACUUGGGGGCAAGCCCCACUGAGCUCAGUGAGACUUACUUUGAGUAGACGUGUAAGGGAUAGCUCUGUAAAUCAGAGGAUUAAGGAUAGAACAGGUAACCUCACUAUAAGGAGGUUUAGAAAGUCUGAAAGACCGAACAAAUUCAUGAAACUUUCCUGCCUGUGUCAGUGGCAUGUUCUCUCCAAUGGCGAAAGCAGGCAGUGGGGUAGAAAUGCAGGUUGUGUAAACACAACCAAGGGACAGGGUAAAAUUUAUUAUAAUUUUAUUUAUUAAAUUUGUAUAAUUCCCUAUACCUGUAGAUCUCGGGGCAGUUUACAACACAUUACAAUAUAAAAAGCACAAAAUGCAUAAUGAAAACGAAAAGAAAAAUUACCCAAUAAUCUCUGCUUCCACAGCACAUUUAAAAGGGUGUUAGAUGUCAGCCAGCUAAAUGCCUGGUUAAGGAGGAAUGUUUCUUCUUGGUGCCUAAAGAUAUGCAACAAAGGUACCAGGCGAGCCUCCCUGGGGAGAGCAUUCUACAAACAAGGAGCCACCACAGAAAAGGCCCAUUCUCGUUUUGCCAUCCUCUGGACCUCUUGCGGAGGAGGCACAUGAAGAAGGGCUUCAGAUUAUGAUCUCAGGUUCCAAGUAGGUUCAUACGGAGAGCAUCGGUGCUUGAGGUAUUGUGGUCCUGAGCCAUUUAAGGUUUUAUAAGUCAAAACCAGCACUUUGAAUUCGGCCCGAAAACUAAUUGAUAGCCAAGGCAGUUGGAUCAAAUUCUGUAUCUGUACUCAGUGUAUUGCAUUCUACCAAAUUGAGAUUAUUAUGAUAUAUGACGCAAACAGCUAUAUCGGGACCAUAACUAUAUAAAAUAAUAAAGUCUACUCCCAGUCACACCGCUCCAUUAUUCAUUGGAUGAAUGCAGUGUGUGUGCAUAAGAUAACAUCUGGAUUGAGGAAAUCUGUGUUUUGUGUCAAUCAGUGCUUCUGAUUUCCUUCAGCCUUGGACUUCGACUAUAGAAUUUUCUAAUACUGGAAUUAAGGGGUGCACAAAACCCCAUGAAGCAGCUAUGCUAGCAUGUCCCUGGGAAUCAUGGUUGAUCUGCAGCUUGCACAUUACCCAAGCAAUUCCAUUGAUUAGUCAUAUUGAUUAACACUUUCAGCCCGACAAAUAAAAGAUCAGCUAUGGACGGAGGGGUGAAAGCCAAGCGCUCACCUUUUUAUUUCAAGGGCAUGCUAUUUGGCAUGCAGCGUUAAACCCUUUUAAGUGGGAACCGUUGCAGGCUGGAGUACAAUUGAUUUGAUGUGAAUGUGAGCUCGGGAACAAAGAUCGUUGCAACUUUGAUGUGCUUCACGAUUUAUUUUGUCUGGGUCAGUGAAUUUGGCAAUUUGUAGUGUAAGCACCUCAGGGCAGGGACUUGUCUGUUGGCUGCUGUGUAAGAACACCAUGGAAGCUGAUCAUGUGAAGGACCAUUUAAAUAUGCAAAUAAAUAGCAGCAGUUGCUUAGUGUGGUAGGCCUGAGAUGCAGGAGUCCCUGAGAAAUGAUCACAUGUCAUAUGAACAGCUAGGGUGGGGACGACGACUUCUCUCCAGAAACAGAGCCUUGGGAGGUCUCCUUUCUUAAUCCUUACAGUUAGACUAAGGUAUUGGGCUGUACUGGCUCCCAGCGUCUAAGCACAACAGCUAUCUCUAGCUAAUUUCCUGUCUAAAAUAUGUUCUCCUGAAUUAAAAGAAAAAUACGCAGUGGGAAGCAAUCGAGCGUUAAGAUCUGGUCUCUGAUCAAACAAAUCCUGCCUUGUGAAGGAAAGAAAACUGCUAUGAUCUAUGGUUUCUCCAAACCUCAUGGGUGUGUGUUUGUAAGAUCCACAAAAUAAUGUUGCUUUCUGACAGUGUGUUGCUAAGAGGCCUUGCCAUGAGACUGUCUCCUUUGUGUGUUGCCUCAGAAAGUCAGAGGCUUCGUUUUCACCAACAGUGGUACAGGUAUAUAUAUCACUUCAGACUGGCAGACCCUCAAAGUGUCCCCAUUUUCCAGGGACAGUCCUGGAUUUACAGAAGCCGACCCAGUUUCUGCUGUUAUCCCAGAAUGUCCUGCUUUUCCUUAGGACGCCCUUUUUUCCCAUUGGAGAAAUGUUGGAGGGUAUGGAAUAGAAGUGGGGCUCGCAUGAUCAUAUGCUCUGAUAAUAAUAAACAAGCAAGCAAGCUAGCAAGCAAACAAACAAACAAUUAGAAUAGUUGAUAACAACGAAAGUAACCAUGGCUAAUAAUAACAAUAGAUAACAACAACAGCAAUCAUAAAAACAACAACAAUAAUCCCUGCACAUAGAAAUCUAGCAUACAGGGUGAGGCCAGAGCUGCCUGUUUUCUUGAGAGCUGAUUUUCUCUGUAUAAAUAAGUGUGUGUGACAGCAAGAGAGCAAGAAAGCAGUGAAAUGCUGCAGCCCAGACACGGGUUUUUAUCACCUCAUUGAGAAUUAGUAUUGAGUGGGAAAUUUUGACCCUGACUCAAAAAGUGCUGAUAUUUAACCUAAUUGAACACAAUGAACAUAAAAGUCUCAGUCUCCUUCGGGCUUCAACUUUUGGAGUUAUGUUGACAAACUCUGGAUUCCCCUUUCCAGCUCUUCUUCCUAGGCUGCUUGCGUCCCUUGCUGUUCUCUUCCCCUUAAGUUCUUCUUCAGUCACCAGCCAAUCUGUAGGCCAGCCAAUGGCAGCUGGGCAAUCUCCUGCCUGCCCUUGCUUCUCUGUGGCAUUAAGCAACCCCAUUAUGGACAGAAACUUUAUCCCUACCACCAGAAACCCUUGGUGCACAACAAAAUUGGUUUUCAAACUGUGCUGAGGAACUUAGAGGUUCAUUGGAAAGCUGAUAGUUCCUGAGCUGGAAACUCUGUAAUGGUGGGCAAGCUUUUCAGAAAUUCACUUGUCCUCUUUGGUCCUCCUUCCCUUUCAGUGCACAACUGUAUAGGGUAAUGAUGGGGUGUUUCUAAUCUAAGGUAUGCUCACGUCCUAUGGAGCAACAGUGAGGUCCAACAGGUACGGCCAGCACCCUCUCAUGUACAUUCUCACACAUAUAACUCAUCUGUAGCAGAUGAGUCAACGUGGGAAGGACUCCUUCAAGAUGAAGAGUGUUAAAAAAAGCAACAACAAUUCAUUACAAUAUAGGUAGCCUGAAACAAAAGCUGGGUGGCUUCAGACAAAAUCUUUUUUAAAAUGAGAAAGUGACAGAGGGUUACAAUAAUAGCACUGCUACUGCAUGCAGGUGUGUCUUGGGGACUCCCCCCCCCCCCGGUCCUCAUUACAAUCUUUGCAUCAGGUUGCUGCCAUUGCAUCGAGACAACGUUUAGUACAGUCCCUUCUUGGGCCCCUCAUUUCUCCUCCCCUUCUCCAGAUGAGCUUUGAUUACACACUUAGAUUGCCCCCUCCCACCUCCCAAAAUAGGCAGCUGACACCAGUCCGGCCACUGUUUACUUGAGUGGGUUGCAUUUGUUGAUUUGUUUGCUUGUUUGUUUGUUGCAGGAGAUGGGAAAUGCAUUGCCAUGGCUCUCCGACUGUCAGAGGAAAACGGGAACGCCGGCUAAUGAUUACACCGAGAACGUGGCAUUCAGAUACCAGGAAACCGUCAUCAAGUUUCAACCCAGGUAUUCUCUUCCAAGUAAACAAAUCUUGUUCACUUCUGUUUAACUCUAAAUCAGGGCGGACACCUGCACUUCUCUGUUUGCAAGCUGGCAUAACUUGUUAUCCACUCAGUCAGACAUAGCCAGCCAGCCAUGGUUGGUGCUUCCCUGGGUGCCUAACACUUUUUUCCAGUCUCAGACAGGCAGCAAAAACCGAUUUAUUGAGCCUCCUGUGGGCUAACCCAUACAUGGCUGCCGGAUCAUAAAUUUUGCAGGUCUACUCCUGUCAGAAACAAGGUUUUAGAAAAAGAAAAAACACAGCUGACAGAUGAAAUUCUAUGCUAAGGUAACCCAAGUUCUUUGUUUAGAAAACCUGAAUUCAGCAACUUUGAAAUUAUGCUUCAUUAUUUUCUCUCAUAGAAGCUAAUUGAAAGCACUUACUUCUGUGGUAAAAGCAAGCACAGUCUGUGCUACUGAUAGGCACUUUGCUAAUGAAAACAAAUGUGUUAUUUUUUGCUCAGUUUGCUAAUAAAAACAAAUGUGUUAUUUUUGCCCAGUUCUUUGUAUUCUUACUAACCAUUACAAACAACUGCUUUUGCUCAAGUGGGAAUUAAUCUCACACUUAUUUGGAUAACUAUCUUACGAUUCCACCACCUUGUCAAAAUUGAUAACUAUUUCAAAGACGAAUUGGAUCGAGUUUCAAAUUUUUCAAGACAUUCUAAAGUUCAAACCAGUCUCUAUGCCAUUCACACAAGUACCAGUUGUGUGAAUCUUUCUUUUUCCUUUCUUAGUCUAACUAGUGCACACAAAACCAAAUAUCUGGGUUGGGACCCUGUCACAGGAAGAUUAAGGUGGUUUAUCCAUUUGCUACAGUACCGAUCUAGAUCAAGGGCCCCACAACUGCUAUUUGAAAUGUGGGGAAAUCCUCCUAAUGGUGUCAGUGGAAACUUUGCACUCAGUACUGACAAGCAGGCAGCAGGGGUCUGAUCUGGAUUGGGAAUGCCACACGGAGCUCUCUGCAUGCUUUUUACGCUAAAAAGUCACUCGCUUAAUUGCCAUGAGUGUGUGGUUCAUGUCUAGUUUGGGCCUUAGAAAAAAGGAAAACUAGGUGGCAUUCUUAACAGUGCCACAGUGGGUUCUCCUUCUGCAGUGUGUCGCUUUGUGACACAUGCAGGCACACACAAAGAUACAUGUGUAAACUGAAUCGGCUCUCCAUCUUGCCCCAGUCCUUGUUCUUGAGGUGGGCAGUCCACCUUAAAAAACACUUCAAAGUGGCACCUACAAUUACCCUCCCAAUUUUCAUGUUGCAGGACAGAUCAGAGUGCAUUCAUUUCACCAAAGGAUGGCACUGAACAUUUCCAGAACUUCAGUGAGGUAAGUUUAUCAGUGACCUUAAAAGCCUGCUAUAGGAUGCUGUGGGCAUCUUUAUUUAAGGAAGCAAAAGAGACAAAGGGCCGCUUUGCACUUGCAUGUCCCCCAUGCAUCCCUUUAUGACUGUAUGGAUAAUCUGUUAGAGACGAGUGAUGGGAAGCACCUUUGCCAGAGAUCCUGGAGAGCUGCUUUCAUAUAUAGAUAAUAAUGGGCUAGAUAGACAAAUAGUCUUACUUGGCAUAAUGCAGCUCUCUCUCUCUCUCUUAUUUAUUGAUUGUUGUUGUUGUUAUUUAUAACUUAACCUUCACCUGUACAAAUAAAAGGGCAGGUACAGAACAUAAAAAAGUAACAACCAAAGUAUACAAGAGACAACAAAGCCUUAUACUAUGCACCAUCAAAACAAGCAAACAGCUUAAAAAUAGCAGGGAAGGCUAAACCAUCACCAGCGCAAAAACCUUAAAAGUCCUGGGCAAACGAAUAUAAGUAUUAACCUGGGGCCAACAUGGUAACAAUGUCAGUGCUAGUUAUGUGCAUCAGAGGAGGGUGUUCCACAGAGAAGCAGUAGCGACCGGUGGAGCAGUGUAGGUACCAAUCUGUUGCUGUCCUGGCUACCCAACACCACAGGCCACUGUUGCUUACCGAGAGGAAGAAGGGAGAGGGAUGAGGCACUGGCAGCUUGUUGUGGUGCGACAGGUGGUGGUAGAGCCAGUCCAACACUCCUGUGACUGGUGCCAGGCUCUUCACACCCUGCUCCUUCCCUCUUGGUAGGUGGCUGUGGCCUGCAGUGCUAGGAAGCCAGGAGAACAAGACUCUCUUCCCCAUCACCAUGUAGCAAGCCAUCUCCAAGCAUCCUCUGAAGAACUCAGAGACAUGAGCAGGCUGGUAUAGGGAGAGCCACACUUCCAGGCGUUUGGGUCCCAGAUAGCGGUUCAAAUGGUCAGAUUUCAGUGAGCUUGGUACAUGCUUUCAUUGCAUGCAUGUAUGAAUCGGCCUAAUUUAUUUGAAGGCAUUUACUUCAAAACACUUAAUUCUGGAGUACAUGCGGUAGUCCUGAAAGGAGGCAGGAGUUCUGCUUUAUGAUCUGAAUGUACAUGUACUUAGUAAAGAGUAAAGGCCAUCAUUGACAACAAUGCUUUUCUUACAUGCAUUGGAACAUUCCAGAGAUUUGCAUCAUAGCUGCUUACUCCUUUAGCCUAGUGAUCGGUGUCCGUACAAAUUAUUUUGUUUUGUGCUGCUUAUAUGUCUGUCAGCUACAAAGGCUGAUCAGUAAAGGGAGGGUCAAAAAGAGCCACUUCCUCUUCAUCAGGCAGUCACUGUGGAUGGUAAUUGGCUAGUAGAAUGUUCUUCUUACUCUUGAGAGCUAGCCCUGUAUUAAGCUCAGCGAGUAAGCAGAAAGCUUGGUGGCAAGUGUGGCAAUUGGUUAACUGUUGAGAUGGUGGCAUUGCUACCUUGAAGAAAUUGGGGAGAAACUUUGGGCUCGUCCAUACUUCCGCUUGUCCUGUGCUGAGAAAUAUGGAUCUGAGUGUUUUCCUGCUUGUCCCAUGCUUUCCCAGCAGUUUUGUGUUUGCCUCACAACUUCCCCCUUGAAAACACAUUCUUUACCACUGAAUUGGAACAAAUGGCAAUCCGUGGAACCACCCAAUUGUUAUUUGGUCUGAUUCAGUGGUAAACCACGGGUUUCUUCAGGUGAAAGUGGCAGGCUAAAGAGAGGUGAGGACAAGCCCUUCUUUGCACUCCUGUAACUUGGUUGCCCUUGUGCUUUUUUGAAUUACAUGUGGUUCAAAAUUAGUCCUGGGAUGGCGUCCUUUUGUGAAAUUACGCACCAUACAAACCAUGUGUUAUACGUUGCCAUGCCACCCACCUUGUGACACGCAUGCAGAUAAAUUAGCUGCCACUACUAGUUUAUGGUUCUGGUUUGGUUCUAUUCUGAAAACUGAGAUACCUUUGAAAAUCAGAAGCAUUUGUAAGCUCAGAGCAUUGUAAAGGUACAAGGGCAAGAUUGCUCAAGGUAGACGAGAGACCUUGUUAAGCUGAGGGGAGGACGUGCAGAUGUUAUGUGCUGAUAAUAACAGAGCGUAGAAGAACAAAAGAGGCAAAACUAUAAUGAGAGAAAAUCAAGACUGGUGACUAGCAAAAUAGUAGGAUCAAAAUGUGUUGCUGAAGAGUAAAUCUGAGAAGCUUUUUAAAAUAUAAUGAUAAGAUUGCCUACUUGAUCAGGCAGUGGGAAACAUAUUAGGCCAAGAGGAUAUAACUGAGCGAAUUUAUGCUCUGAUGAUCAUAACAGUGUACUACUAUUGCCCUGGGCAAGACUACCAUCAUGAAGGAGGUUGACUAAAGGCAUAUUUGCACCAGAUUCAGCAUUGUGGCAAGCAUGCUUAAUAAAAUAGGAGUGAUCUGGCACAACAGAAACCUGCUCUAAAUUUGCCCUGCCUGUAGUGCAGUUGUGAGUGCAGAACCACUAUGGGCCAAAGCAGCACUUCUCAAACUUCUUUUUCAUAGGACACACCACCUUCCCCCCACCUUUUGGUUCCCCUCCUCAAAAAAGCAUAUAGGUAACUCAUAUUUUAAAAAGGUACUCUCUAGUGCAACGAAUGAGAAAAAAUAAAAUACACCGCCCCCUUCAGCACUGAGUUCAUAACUAACACCAAACCAGAUAUGUAUUAUGAAAAUUAUGUGGCCUUCCCAGGCCAUGCUACAUAGAAGGGCCCCCUUAACUGGUACAUUUUAUAAAAAGGAAUAAUUAGUAGAAUGCACUAGCACCAUAUUAUGAAAAUCACUGGCCCUAGGCCAGGACCUUAAUGCUAGUUUGAUAGUCUGACUUUGACCAUCAUCAUCACCAUCAUCAUCAAAAUAAAUCAAGUUCAGGACCAAGUAUAAAUAUCCUUAGCUGUCCCCAACCUUUCCAUUGAGCCCCUAAAUGGAGCUUGUUGACCAUCAGGGAUAUACUUUGAGAAGCUUUGGGCUCAAAGGUUUGGGGUAUAUAGACUGCAGGUGCAUCUCUACCCUCAAAAGCCUCUGCUUUAAAUGGAGAGGUCCCUGUGGCACCACAGUACGUCCCCUACCCUAGACAUUGAGCUUGAGCAGAAAAAUCCAAACCAUGCACCAUGGUAACUUAAAUUCAGUGCCAAGAAAAUCUUUAUAGUUCUGCGUCUUGUAUAACACACGCAGCAUUCCGGGCUUGCUGGUAUUUCUCAGCACCAAAUAAAAAUGUAUUUCAUGUUCUGAGAAAUCGACAAAUGCAAAACAAACGUUCAGUUAUCAACCUUAGAAAUUGUGGGGAAAGGGCAGAUUCAUAGAUGCCUAUAUUUCUUUAAGUGUACAGCAAAACCGGGUGGUAAGGAAAUUCAGAAACACUCCACUUUUAUGCAUGUGUUGUAAUAUGUGUAGCUUAAUGGUAGUGGAUAAAGUUGUAGUCUAGGUUAUGAGCACAGAAGCAUGGAAUGCAAAAUUGAAUUAAUGAAACACUUCUUUAAAAAAAAAUAGCACACUUGCUUGGUUUAUCUACUUCAUGGGGGCAAAGCACUAUCCAAGAGUAUUGAAAUCCAUCUUGUAAUAGCUAGAAGUCUUAUUCUUUCUCCCUUCUCUAACAUCUGGUGUUUUGCCAGGCAGCGUCCACCCACUUUCAAGCUAUCUUAAGGGCCGGAAACAUCCGUUUUAAAAAAAGAAGUGAAAGCUUAUGAUUUCUUACUGCUUGCGUCUGUACCCAGCACAAGUCCUGUGCUUAGGUGGUGUAAUUGCAGAAUACAUCCUGCCUUGACAAUGAUGCUUCUGCACCCAGUUCCGCAGACUCUCGCAAUAUUGCUUUGCAAGCACUUAAACGGAACAAAGAGUUUUGGAUCAAGUCAAAAUGAUGCCUUUGAAAAGAGUGUGAUUGCUGCCACAGUUCUGCUUGUGAAUCAUAUUCUGACAUGCAUUAAGUGAACGAGUUGCCCCUAAGAGCCCACUCUUGCAAUUUAGUAUACUGCGGAGCCUUUCCCUGCUUUAUUUGGAUCCGCCUUUCCGUUUGGUCUGUUGUUUACCGGGAUCAGUAAUUGAAGUCCAGAAAUGUCUAAAUGAGCUGUCUGCUAGACAGAAGAAUCACGUGGAGUGGCUUAGACUGGAGACAAGGUGCAGCUCAUUAAGCCAUCGAUAGCAAUCCAAGAUUGUAGGCCAAGUGCACAAAUAAUUCAGAUGAGUGGCUUCACACAGUUGCACCAAGAAUGUAGGGCCAGGGAUGUAGUGGUAAACUUGGAAGUGUAAGCCCUCAUCCUGACAGCCCACAUAGCCACACCCCCAAAGAGCAUCUGAAAGCAGCGUUGAUCUCUGUGGAUUUGUUGGCAGUCAAGAGAGUAACAAAUGCCUCAUUCUCUGACGUCCUCUAUGCUAAUCUGUCACAACGAAAGUCAGAAGCUGAAGGUCUUGUUAUCCACUCAGUCGCUUGCGAGAGCAAGGAGGGCCUGUCAGUUACCCUCAGCUCUCUGACGGAUGACAGAAUUGCUACUGCUGUGUUUGUGUGGAGAAAGUCCUGGAGCUGUGCUUUGCUGUGUCCAUCCUCCUCCAGGCUGCCGAUGCAUCGUUUGUUGGUUCGUGUACAACAAGCCGUUAGGUGGCUUGGAAACUGCGGUUGUUUCAAACAUGGAAUAUAUGGAGGUCUGGCAAGGGGCUUGGAUAGCUGAGUAAAGGGUGCAGUCCUAACCAUGUCUGCUCGGAAGUCAAUCCCACUGAAUUCAAAGGAGCUUACUCUCAGGUAAAAGGGGUUAGGAUUGCAGCCCAAGUUGCAUAUACAGUCGUACCUUGUUUUUCAAACAGCUUAGUUCUUGAAUGUUUUGGCUCCUGAACACCACAAACCCAGAAGUGACUGUUCCGGUUUGCGAACUAUUUUUGGAAGCCGAAAGUCCGAUGGGGCUUCUGCAGCUUCCGAUUGGUUGCAGGAGCUUCCUGCAGCCAAUCAGAAGCUGUGCUUUGGUUUCUGAACAUUUUGGAAGUCAAACGGACUUCCGGAAUGGAUUCCGUUCGACUUCAAAGGUGCAACUGUAUACUUGGAGAGCUCUGCAUAUUUCUUGCAGGCUUGGUGUGUGGUCUAAAAACCUUAGAAGAGUCACAUCCCAACCUAUGGAAGCCAGUUCCCAAGUUCAGGAUGGGCCAAUAAGUCCAUGCCACUUUCCCACGUGUUCAUUUCUGUCUCUUCUUUUUCAUUUCCACAUUAACCUGUUGAAUUUUAAAUAAAGACGUGUGCCCAAAUUUGUAUUUCAUAUGUGAAUUUAAACAUAUGUUUCUAUGUGCGUUUUCUCUCAAAAUGCACAUCUUAGAAAUUCUGUCUUUUUUGUGUUCUGUGGGUCAAGAGUCAUGUUGGAAAAACCAGUAAGUGUGGAAAGCUGGCAGCUAACAAAGUUCCAGCCUGUGUGUUAGUCUGGGAGGUGUGGAUCAGGUUGGUUCAUACCAGAAUUCAACAAAGAUCAGAUUCUUCAAGCGUCCCUCUCCAAAGGUCCGCCGUACACGAAUAUAUUAUAGCAAAGGAGUGUGUGUGUGGGAGGGGGACCUAUGGCCCUCCAUGUGUUGCUAAACUACACUUCCUAUCAUUCCUUUACAUUGCCUGUGGGGCUGAUGGGAGUUGAGAAUCCCAACAUCAUCUGGAGGGCCAGAGUUUCUCUACCAGUGUUGCAGUGUGACCAAAAGGCACAACCCAGGCUGGGUCUUCGAAAGCAAAGGGGCAGGCCUACAGAGAUGGACAUCGGUUCAAUUUACAAAGCCCCCCCCCUUAAGUUCUGUUGGGGGAAAAUAAGGUGGUUCUGUGUGAGGAGAUGCACUGCCCCUCCAGAUGUCCUUGCAAUAAACAGGUUCUUCAUCACCCAUCAGCAAGAGGGACAUUUCUUUAGUAAAUAAGGAAAAAUAGCUAUAGCCCUUAUGCCAUUCCCAAAUAAAGCAAUUUCUGCAUAGCUGGUUCAGCAGUGGCCUGUAACAAACAAAACACGAGUCUCUUUGUGUUUCACCGCUGUUGGUUUGUUCUGCGCACAAAGGAAAUGGCUGACUGGAAAUGGCAGUGUGUUUUCUCCCCCUCCUUUUCCCAUCUUAACAGAUGUUGACAGUUUCCUUGUUUAUCACAUAUAAAAACCAUAGCAAUUUCUUUCUGGAUAAAUAGAGGUAGGCAAAGAUGUGUUCUCUUUGAUGUCUUCCCGUCCCCCCUGCACUCCCCACAACCAGCACCUAAAUAGACUCUGAAUCUACCACCUUCCUUCUUUUGAAAUGUUGCUUUCCUUGAAAGGAUGCUGUGUGUGUGUGUGUGUGUGUGUGUGUGUGUAAAAUAAAGCCUAGUGUUUAAUAAAAGCCUAGUGACUAGUAAUAGAAAUGGCCCUUUCAUUGUUACGUAUAUGCUGACUUUAUUAAAAAAAACACCAUUUGAUUAAACUUGGCUUUCUGAGGUCCUUCCAAAGACUUCUGUAUUCAGCCUACAUAGAAAGAGUCAGCGUGAGGCCAGUUUGAGCCUGGAAGGGAGAUUUAUUAUUAUUAUUAUUAUUAUUAUUAUUAUUAUUAAUUUAUUUAGCACCAUAUAUGUAAAUGAACAGGUGUGACAACUCCCUUUCCAAAGAGGCCUGCUAUCUAAAACAGACACAUGGAAACAACACAGGAAGGGGUAAGCAGAGACUGCACAAAUGAGAGAAGAACAUGUUGUCUUUUCUAUUACAUGCCCUUUUGCUUAGGUCACACGCACACUACAUAUUUACAGCACAUUGUCCCUAAGAAUCUUGGGAACUGUAUUUUACUCAUCACAGAGCUGCAAUCCCCAGCACCCUUAACAGACUACAGUUCCCAAGAUUCUUUGGGGGCGGCAGAAGUCACGUGCCUUAAAUGUGUUUUACAUGUAUGGUGUGGAUGUGACCUUAGUUGCAGAAAGAUAUAGGGAGUAGGAGGUUGACCCAAAGGCUUCCUUGAAAUGGUGGGUUUUGAGGACGGUUUAAAGGAAAUAAGAAAGCUGGUAACACGGAGGCAUUCUGGGAAGCCAUUCCAGACUUAAGAGGCAGCUAGGGAAAAUGGGUGGAGCCAUUUCAGGAAGCGGGAAGCCAUGAGUGAUAGUGAUGAAUGAGUGAAAGGAGGUGUCAAAGCUAGGGAUGGGAGACGAAUUCAAUUCAGUUCACAUUUAAAGGUGAGCGUACCUAAUUCACAUUUCCCAAAACAAUAGGACAACAAACAGAGGAGCGUGACAUCCACACUCCUCUGAAUUUUGCAGUGCGCUUCUCCCGCCAAGCAAUAUGCUCAAAAAUGCAUCCCUUCGUUUUUUGGAGUGUACAUAGAAAUGGAUAUAUUGUUGAAAAUACCGCAGAGGACAUUAUAUUAAGAAAACUGCUCUGUCAAUAUAUGAAUAUGAGGCAAAAUUGUACACAAACGUAUUUAUAUUAGGAGACACCCACACUAAAGGGCUGAUGAAUUUUCCUGAGGACCACAAACUGAGGUGGAAAUGUGGAGAACCUAAUUUAAGAUUUGAAAAUAUAUAUAUCCAGAAACCAAAAGAAACCAUUUUUUUAAGACCUGCAAUCUUAAGCGUACAUAUUGGUUGGGAAUAAAUUCCACCAAAUGCUGUGGGACCUGCUUCUGAACAAACACGCGUAGUAGGACUGUGCUGUAAGAGUCAUAAAGAAAGCAGAAUUUUGCUACAAGUGACUUUCCCCCUCCAUAGUGCUGCAGUGAGUUGUACCUAGUAGACUUUUGUCUUGUGCACAGCUCCUUAAAAGUAGUUCCCCUCAAGUUCUGGAGCUGCCAACUUUCAUCAGCGAAUCGGGGCAGGAGGAGGAACGAUAUGUCUUGCCAAUGGCUGCAAGUGAUUGAUAUUGAAGCUUCGGGUUGAGAGGCGCCAUUCCUCUGAAUACCAUUUUCUAGGAAAUAGCAGGAGAAUGCAAUUGUGGCCAUGCUAUGCUUGAUGGCUUCCCAGAGGCAUCUGACGUUCUGCUGUGGGAAAUGCCAUGCUGGACCGGAGAGGCCUUUAGUUGAUCCAGCAGCACCUUUCUUACGUUCUUAAUGCUUUUGUGGCUCAGGCAUAUGAAGUAAAUUGUACAUUAGGAGAAUGGCUUAUUUUCCAGGGGUUCACCUUUGGAACAGAUUUCCUCCACCUUUCGAUGGCACUUCAUUGGCCCAUCCCCCUGAAAAGAGGAAACAGUAAGAAAUGAGAGAUUUCAGACUUGACGGUUUGCAGUUAUUUAUAUUGGUUCUGUAUGCCAAGUCGCUAUCAAGGUCAUGUUUAAAAAUAUAUAUAUAUAUUUAUUUCAAAUCCCUCAACGGUAGCUGGAAAUCUGCUGGAAACCUCAUGCCUGCAACAGAUGGGAAAAAUAUAUAUUUAGAGCUGAUUUAAUUUUUCUAAAAAUGAGUAUAUUACAGCAUCGGCAUUGCUAAAAACAGCACUGACCACCCAGUUUUUAACACAUUAGUCUGCUUGGGCAGUUUUGGGCAUAGUUAGUAAUGAGUGCCAGCUGUUAAUUAUGGAACAAAUAUAUAUAUGUAGGAUUAUUCUAAAUUGAGGAAUUUAUUUUCCUCUUGAUGAAGGAGUUAAUUGCUUCUGUCUGGUCAGCCAAAUGAGAGAGAUAUUUCAGACAUAUCCUGCUUAUUCUCUUGAUGCCUCCCAGGGCAGUGAUGUGCAAACUGUUCCGGGGAACUCUAUGGUUUGUAAGAAGUUUAGUGGGGAUUUCCAAUGGGAAGAUCAGCAGAGAAACAUCCCAGAAAGACUGCUCCAUCAAUCCCCAUUUGAAUAUCCUCUCUUGCAGUAUUACGACUGCAGGACUGCGAUUGCUGGCUUCUCUAGGUCCAGCACCGAGGGCCUUCUGGCAGUUCCCUCACUGCGAGAAGCCAAGUUACAGGGAACCAGGCAGAGGGCCUUCUCGGCAGUGGCACCCGCCUGUGGAACGCCCUCCCACCAGAUGUCAAAGAGAAAAAUAACUACCAAACUUUUAGAAGACAUCUAAAGGCAGCCCUGUUUAGGGAAGCUUUUAAUGUUUAAUAGGUUAUUGUAUUUUAGUGUUUUGUUGGAAGCCGCCCAGAGUGGCUGGGGAAACCCAGCCAGAUGGGGCGGGGUAUAAAUAAUAAUAAAUAAUAAUAAUAAUAAUAAUAAUAAUAAUAAUAAUAAUAAUUAUCUCUACACAUCACCCAUUGGAGGGAAGAGAUCUGAAGUGGUGUGCGUUCUCUAUAUGGGUGGGCUCCUUGCAUGACUUAGAACCCCGCACUAUAUGGGUUCAAAGUCACAUAGGAAGCAACACUCCCCAGAAACAGAUGGUGCUGGAGAGAGGUUAGGGGUCAGUGACCACAACCCCAGUUACCAACCAAUCCCCUUUUCUGGGUGCCCUCAUCACCAGAAGUUAGUUUGGAGGGGGGGAGGGGCAAGGGCAUUUUUGGCUGUGGUACCCACUUAAAGGAGCUCCCCACAGAAACCCAACUAGUGCCUAAAUUAAUACUAUUUAUAUUCCAGAUGGAAGGUUUUUUUUCUCCUUCACCCAAGCAUUUUAGGUUAUGCUAUGUAGAUUGUGUUGCGUUGCUUCAAAUUUUGCUGCUGGGUUGUUAGUUAUUUUACGGCGUUGCACCCUGCCCUGGAAACAAUGCCCUCCCUGCCUGAUGAAAGGCAACAUAGAAGUUCUUGAAACAAAAUGAAUUGAAUCAUUUAACGCUCCUAUGAGCCAAAAGCCACCCUGUAUCUCUGGAUGAGGGAAGUUCUAAUGCUGAAUGUUCUGGCCUUGCCUUCUUCCCGUCUGCCUCUGCUGGAUGGGUCACGGUGCAAUGUCUUUUGUGUAGAAUGCAGUUUGGUUUGUUCAGUUCUUCCCGGUGCAGAGAAGGAGCACAAGUUAUUUGCAUGAGGAGGAGAAGGAGGUACUUGCAGGACAAGUGGUUAAUGCAGAAACCCUGAAGCUAAACUUCUGUGAGGGUGUGCAUUUGUCACUCUUGCACACUCUAAAAGUUAAACCUUUCCCCCCCCUGCAAGAGGAAUAUAUGAAGUGUCUCUUCCAGCUUUGAUUCAGAAAACACCUGGCAGUUAUCAGAAGUCUGAGAAACAUUGGUGUAGGGUAGGGAUGGAUGAAUCUUAUCCAUGCUGGUUUCUCUUGGUUUCUCAUUUUUCCAUUCUUAAAUCCAGUUCUCCACAUUUCUCCAGCAAUUUGCAUUAAAAAAAAGAAUCAUGAAAAUUUACCGGUGCUUUAGUGUGAAUUUCUCCUAAUAAACACAUUUUAAUGCAAUUUUCAUUAAUAUAACACAUCUCUGCAAACAUUUUUCACUAACGUAACAACACAUUUCUGCACAUUUUCACUAAAAUCUGCAUUUUCAUAUAUACUUUCUACAAAUACACACAUUUUUGCACACACUGUUUAGUGAUAGAACUGUAUCACAAAAUUCUGAGAAAUGUGAAUUUCCAAGGAUACCUGGGUUUCGGUUCACAUAAGGGUCAGGAAAUGCAGAUUAGGUGAUUUCUCAUUAUAAUGCAAACAAAAUUGAACUCCACCUCUAGUUGAGGGUAUAUUUGCAUACAGUGUAAGAGGUUUUCGGUUCGGAUAAAGAUAUUGCUGGAUUGAGCUCCUGUACCCCUCUCCCUGGGCUGUCACUUGCCGGUCUGCAGUUUAAGAGCCAGUGUGGUAUAGUGGUUAGAUUGCUGGAUGAGGGCCUUGGGAGACAAGGGUUCAAGCCCCCAUUCAGCUGUGAAGCUCCCUGGGUGACCUUGGGUCAGUCACUGUCUUUCAGCUUAACUUUUCUGGUAGGGUUGUUGUGAGUGUAAAAUCGGGAAGCCAAGAACUGUGGUUGCUACCUUGAGCUCUGUAGAGUUGGGGUAUGAAUGCAAAUCAAUCAAUCAAUCAAAUUAAAAUCAAAUGUAAGCUGUAGAAAUAUGAGGUCACACAUUUUUGGAGCAAUGCUCGUUUAUGCCAGCGUUGACAAGCUCUCCUCAUUUUGCUUUAUCUUGGAUUGUUACCUGCUCAGAGGGUAUGAACUCUUUUGCGUUCUGCCCUGCAUUUGGGGGUGUGGGGGGAGAAAUUGUACUUUCAUGGUCUUCACACGGACUUCCGUCACCUCCUCGGUCCAUGAAUGAUUAGGGCUGUGGGAAUGCUUGCGUCCCAGCAAGAUGCUUGUAUCAGAUUAUGCGGCUAGAAUAUUGCACUCUGUAUUCAAGACUGGGAAUGAGAAAUGGAUCAAGCGUGAAACAGGAGCUGGAGGAGCUACUAAGAGAUAAAGAGCCUUUGCCGUCAUUGAUUUGUUUGCGGCGAAUGACAAAGAUCUGUUAAUUUUGCCCUGGCGCGGGAUGGGAAAUGAAAAGCCAACCCUCUUUUCCAAAAAAAAAAGAAAAGAAAAAAAAAGAGGAGCCUAGAAAUGUAACCCUUUGCUUUCAGCAAUGUAUUGCACAAUAUUCUAUGGAGGGAUUUUAUUCUCCCCCUUUUUUAUGAAUGGAAAAGGGGGAGGGGCUUAAUGCCACCGGGCCCCGCAAUCAGCAUAACCUGUGAAAUCCUUACAUGGCAUUUUUUGCUCUGAGAGCAAAGCCUCCAGCUUCUCAGACUGGCUUUCAGGAACAAAUCUUUUCUUCUUUUUUGCUGAUGAGAUGAUCUUUCCCUUGUGUCAUAAAUAAUCCAGAUCAGUUAAAUAGAUGGAGGAAACGAAGGCGCAUAAGGAGUAUGGCAUGUCUAAGCAGUUAAUUCACUUUUCCUGAGCUGCGAGGAGGAGCAGCCUUUCCUGCAGACAGCCCCAAGGAGCUGAAGACUUGAUCCUUGCCAUUCCCUUCGCUCUCCAUCUAUCCCAAUGUUCUGUUUUUGCCUGCAGAAUUCUUUGCUGAAGCUGCAAGCCCUUGAAACUGACCUCUGCUCUGCGUUUCUGCCGAACCAGGAAGAAACACCACAGCUGCCGGCUUCAAAAGACCCAGUCGCUUCAUCGAUCCCAACCAGCAGUGUGCAAGUUGAUGGGGAGAGUUGUGGAGGUAAGAGAAGGUCUUUGUUAAUGGGCUGUCCUUGUUUCUGAUUAUAGAGGCCACUCAGUGGCCUACAUCUUGACCUAAUAAAUUGCAGCCCCCCCUUCAAACAGCACGGAGGGCUGAGGCAUAAUUUGGGGGCACAAGUGUUUAUUAUUAUUAUUAUUAUUGAUUAAAUAAAAGUUAAUACAGUCACACACACACACACACACACGUGAUUGUGAGAGGAGAAAUGAAGGAAAGCCAAAUGCCAUUUUGUUUGUGUUUUGAUUCAUAUAAAUACUGAUUACUUUGGGGAAGAGCACUGUCUUAAAUUUGGCCAGUUCCUUCAUUUUCACACAAAAGUGGUUUUUGUAGGUUUCCAGCCAUUUCACUUCUGAUAUGUUCUGCUGUUAGGAUUGUGCUAACAUGUGCUCUUUUUCAGUGUCUGUUGCCUGUGUUCCCCCAACUCCAGCACACACACUCGCACACUUGUGCCAGGCCAUUGUUGAUUUCCCAAUUCUGUUAUUGAUUGCAGAUUGACUGCCUGAGCAGAGCAAGUGGAAGACUUAAAAGCCACACAUUAAUUUUCAUCACCAAUGACUUGCUCAUCAAACACACUCUUUUUUGUGUGCAUCCUUUUUUUUGUUCAUUCCUCCCCUUUCCUUUCUCGCUCAAAAUCAACUGUUUGAAAUAAAUGGAUUUGAAGCUUGGGAUUCUUUUCUGUCAAUUCAGAGCUUGUAAUCACGCAGAUGGCAUGAGAUGGAUUCCUGGGUUCAGGCAGAAGGCAAAUCACCGUGCAUGAAAGUGGGUCAUAGUUAGCAAGACCAGUAUAGCAAGCAGAUGAGUUAUAGGCAAGCUUAAAAUCUGCAGACCGUGUGUGGUCUCCAUUAAGGCAAAUGGGUCAGUAUUACAUGGCCUAAUCCCAAGGUAAUUUUUAUAGAUAAAUAAAGUGACUGUAGCAAAAAAGCUUAUUUCAAAAGCUUUUUAUUCUCGGUCAUUUUGCAAAGGCUAACCCAUCUCUUUCUAAGAAUCUCUCAAAUUAGUUUGGCAGUUCUACCUUUUGAGAUGCAUUUCACAUCCUUAAAAGCCACUGGUGCAAAAACUCUAUAGCUCUCAAGGGCUAGAGAGAUCCUCAUUAGAUGUGCCCCAAUUAAGGCAAAGAAAGGAAGAUGCAUCCAGCUGCUUCCGUCAGCAUCCUUUAUUUUGUCUUGGUUUAAGAUAUAUAAAAGAGACUCAAGCCACUCUGCUUUUAAAAUUGCUGAGUAGAUCAAUUUGAGGUGAAAGAAAGAAGCCACCGUCCUCCAUGCUCAAGGUCGCUCUUCCUCUGAUACGGCAAAAUUCAGUCCACACAGCAGGCAUAGCCAAUGUAAUUCUGCCCAGAUGUUGGACUAUAGCUCUAACUAUUGGCCAUGCUGACUGGGGAUGAUGGGAGUUGUAGUUCAACAACAUUUGGAGGGUAGGCUGUUGGCUGCUCCAGCACACACACAUUCAAAAGCAGCCAAUGCACAUCUCCCCUGAAUUCAUUCUCUCAUGUCCAUGAGGAUCAUUGUUCCAGGGCUAGCACAUUUGUAAGUUAUUCUUAAGUUGCACUGGAACUGGAAGGAUUUUAUUUCCCCCCUGGCCACCCGCAACUUCCCUGCACUUCCCUGUUUUGAGAAUUGUGGACUUCUCUUGUUCAUGAGCUAGGAGGCACAGAUCUCACUGGAAAAGCUUUGCAUCAAAGUUCAUGAUAUAUAAAAUAAAGGAAAAUAACAUCAAUCUUGAUCUUUGUAUAUUUGGAGCAUAACAAAAUGGCUUGUGGCCAUUGUGCUGAGGGAGUUGAUUUCACCCUAAGCGUUUGUUUGCCAAUUGAACCAAACUUAGGGCCGAGCCAUUAAAUCAGUUAAGAAAAGCCAUGCGAAUAUACAAAAGUGAGGGUACAAUAUUUGUCAUAAGAAGCCAACUCCUCCCUUUGCCCCAACCUGAUUAGCCUUGCCUUAAUACAGAGCUGCACAGCUUGCAAAUGAUCUUGUUGUUCAGUUACCAGUCACGUAUGCUUGGUUUUGCGUCCAGCCUGGUUCUGCAAUAACAGGGCGGUUGUCAGACUCGCCGGCGGGUCAUUGCGUGUGGCUGGCAGGGUGAAUUCAACCAUGUGGGGAGCCUGUUGUGGAAGACCUGCUUUCUCUGUACACGUUCUGAUCACAAACCUAUUUGAAGAAGCAGAUUCAUGGCUGGAGCAUAUGAUAGGCUUCCAUAAAAUAUUACCUGCAUUGACUGCCUCUGUGGGGCAACUGCUUUUGUCUCACCCCACAGAGCGGUUUAAAGUGGUUGCCAUGCAGCAUCUACAUUGUGUACAGCUCACAGCAACUAUUCUGCAGUUGCAUAAUUCCCAGAUCUUUCAGCCAAAGGUCUGCUGAAAGUCCGCUUCACGCUGGAUUGAAACUCCCAACAUGGCUGAUGGGAGUUGGAACUCUACAACCUCUGGAGGGCCACAGGUUAGCCACAGGUGGAUUGUAACUCCACAAUCACAUGUGCUGGCGAAACUCAACACCCCUUUCUUGGGACUGCAGAAACAGGAGAGGUGUCCCAUUCUGGCUUGUCUGGUGAGCUGCUUUUGGCUGCAGAGGAUUAAAAGCUGAGCAGGCAAAAUAAAAGUUCUUACCUAAGAAUGCAUGUAAAGCAGAGCACAGCUCACAAUGCAGCAAGGUUGCCUUGUGCAGACAAAUGAGUUUCUGUCUGUGGACCCUCUUCUGGACCAAACCCUUCACAGGUCCAAAGGUACUACUGGGUAGGAAACUGCAGUGCUGCUUACACUGUGGUUCCUUGCUGAACUUGGGCGUUCAAAUGUAUUGAAGCACAGGCGUGUGCAUAACCAUGGUGCUAUCAGCUUUGUGUGUGUCGAAAGGGGGUUGAUUCCAAGUACCCUCUUUUUCCUUCUCCCUCUCCCUCUCCACCUUUGAAUGACCAUACUGAAAUGUGGAGCACCUGUUUGGUGGAGAGAAUAGCAAUAAUCUCUGGAUUCAGGCCUCCAUGAAGUGUUGUUCUGUAAUGUCAGUAUUGUGUCCCUGUAAUUUCCUAUGCAUAGUGUACAAACUACUCCUACAGGUCUUAGCUCACUUAUCUCUCGUCUCAGGUGUAUGGAUCUGUUUAUGAUUAAACACACAAGCAUAGUUUCCCAGGAAAAUACAUAUGCACCCCAAGUGUCAAAGUGCUGGUUCACCCCAUACUCCAUCUUUUAAAGACCAGCUAGAAUGUUAACAAUAGGCAGUCUUUAUAUGAAAAGGAAAACUUGCCCUUUCGUUUUAAUGUAAAUAUAAAAUCUAUCUUGGGUGGAUUGUGUGAGUGGUGAUUGAUCCAUGAUCAUAAAUUAUAGAAGCUGCCAGUCAAUACAGUUUAGAAGUCGGGGGAAAGAAAACUAGGUCAGAUUCGCUCCUCAUGAUGUCUGCCAGAAUGCAGCACUAUUCAUUAGUAUGUGUUUUUCCCCCUUUAAAGAGAUUUAUUAGAAGCUCGCAAGCUCUUUAAUCCUUAUAUAUAUAUAGAGAGAGAGAGUUUGUUUUGUUGUUUGCCACUAUGGGCUACUGGGAGGAAGGGUGCAAUAAAAAUCUAAUAAAUACUACUACUACUAAAUACAUGUAUUGCAAAUGCCAUCUAUUUAGCCUAAUAAAUUGUUUUGAUCCAGCUGUUUUAACUUUAGAUAAAAAUUAGGCUUUGCGUGCUCUGAAAGAAACUGAUAGGGGUAAAAAGGUCCCCCCCCUUUAUUAUUACAUGGCUCAUUUGUUCGAUGUUUUGUAAUAUUUUGAAAAGAGUCAUACAACCCAUUUUAAAGUAGGGUUGUCCUCUUUUUCCAGGACAUGUCCUCCUUUUCAUGGGUAGUCAUCAUAGCGAUCCCUAGUUAAAAGAAGAAGUCGGCAAAUGUGCCCUCUUUUUUGCUCUUCAAAAUUUGGCAACUCUACUUUAGAUGUUCUUUGGUGGAUGUAAGCAAUCCCAUUCGUCUCUUUAUAGGGAGCUACUUAGGCCCAAGGACUGCCUAAUAUAGCUAGCAUAUAACCUUUUUAGUGUCGUGUCAGGAUUCACGAACACAUAGUAUUUUAAGAGUGCGAGAAAACUAUUAUCUCAGGAAGUGUAAUAGAAAGAUUUAUUCACUUAUGCCUUACUGCUGCUAGUAAGUUUCAUUCAUGUCAACCCUGACUCCAGUCCACUGAGGGAUGGCUGUUCCUCAGUCUAUUUAGCCAAGCAGCAUCUUUGCAUGCAACUGGCAAUUUAUUCUUCCAAUAUUCACCAUGUGGCCUUGCCCUAAGCAUGUUAACUCAGAAUUAGAUACCACUAGGUUCCUUAGGACUUCCUUCCAGUAAGUUUGUUAGGAUGUCAGUUUUAAAGUUUUUCUUUUAAACUAUUUUUGAUGUGCACAACCUUCUCUUGGUAUAUGCUUACAUCCCUUUUCCGCUAUGUCAUGUCACAACUUUCUCCAGGGAGCACUGGAGGCUCUUUCAACGUGUGCAGCUAAUGAGCUUUGCCCUUCUAAAUGCCUGUUAAAUUCAUCUUGUCAUUGCAGAGCCUGCACAAGUCUACAAAGAGGGCCAGGCAGAUGCAGACAAUGGACAUGAAGACCACCAUUCCUUAGGGACCAGCAGGCUGCUGUAUCACAUUACUGAUGGAGAUAAUCCUCUGCUGUCUCCUCGCUGCUCUAUUUUUAGCCAAAGCCAGAGAUUUAAUUUAGACCCUGAAUCAGCUCCUUCUCCACCAAGUGCUCAACUGUUCAUGAUGUAAGCUAAGACAUGGUUUAUUUCCCAGGGCUGCCUCUGCGUGGCAUAUAUAUAUUCUCUUUAAUAUAUAUCUGAUGCUUUCCUCCCACCUAUUAAAUAGCAAACACCAAAUGAUAAUGAUGUGGGGAUAGCUCAGUUGGUAGAGCAUGAGACUCUUAAUAUCAGGGUUGUGGGUUCGAGCCCCACCUUGGGCAAAAGAUUCUUGCAUUGCAGGGGGUUGUACUAGAUGACCCACGUGGUCCCUGCCAACUCUACGAUAUGAUAACCCUUUCCAGAGUGAAACAAGUGGAAACUUCCUCCAAAGAAUCCUGGGAAUUGUAGUUUGGUAUAGGUGGUGAGAAUUUUGUUAGCCCCCUGCUCACAGAACCUCAAUUCCCAGUGUUCUCUGGGGAAAGGUAAUAACUUAAACAGGUCUAGGUUUGGAGUAUGGCUAGCCCCCCAAAUGUUCAGCUACAGUGGAAUUACUCUGUGUGCACACACACACACACUGCUGAGAUAUGUUUUGAACGGCUGAUAACAGCCAUUUAUUUAAAGAUAAAAUAGACGAGCUUAAUUGUGCUCCAAGCAUAAUCUUGGCUAAUAAUAAUAAUAAUAAUAAUAAUAUGCAGUGCUUUUUCGGGGGGGGACACACACCCCUAAACAUUUUGUGUAUCUAAGUUUGGCCUCAUUGAGGGGCAGUAUUUCAAUAUGAGUAGGAAAAUGAGAGUACCCCAAACUUUUUUUUUAAGAAAAAAAAGCACUGAUAAUACGUAAUAUAUUUGCAUAACACUUUCAAGUGUCCCAAGUGCUUCAUAUACAUUAUCUAGAUGAAAUCUUUAUAAUAACCCUAUAAUGGAAGUCGGUGUUGUUACUUUCGAUCCAUGGAAGGCAGGCUAUUGCCGAGUAAAAGGAUACAUCAUGGAGCAGGUUGAAUAGAAACAUCAGAACUGUGGGGCUGAGGCAGAGGUUCAUGGUAAGAGAGCAGAGAUGUUAUAAAAUGUGUUCCUAUUUUUAUCUGUUGUACGGUGAGUAUGCAAGAGGCAUGCAGUGUGAAUGAGCUUGGCCUGGGAUGCAAAAGGGAGAGCUGGGUUCUCUCAAGAGGAAGUGAAAUAAUAAUAUUGGGAGAAGUGGUGUUUGGUUUUUUUUAAUUAAAAAAACAAACACUUAAAAAAAUAUUAAAUAUACAUUGAUGACCCUUAAAUACUCUGUCCCUCUGCCAAUCUAAGCUGAGAAUAGCACUGCCACAUGUCUGAGCAGUCCCUUUAAAAAUCUCAGGUGCUUUCAGAUACUGCUGGAGAGCCCUGGAUUGAUCACUUGUUCCCCUUCCUGGGGCAUCCCCAUCGCUCUAGACAACUGAGGACCAAUGCUGGAUCAAGUGGAGAUCAUCCUUCCGUCUUAUGCUCUGUCUUAUUCCUCUUCACUUUCCUGAUUCUUCAGUGCAGGGGUGGGGGGACCUGGUGCCCUCCAAAUCCCCAUCUUCCUCAGCCAGCAUGGCCAUGUUAGAAUUCCUGCUCCAUGAUUGCAGUCAUGGGAUUUUUUUCUAUCUCAUGACGGUGUAUGUUUUGACUCCACAAAGUGGGAAGUGACGAAGACAGGAUGUUUGUGUUACUGAGUUCCGUGAAGUGGGACUAGUGUCCUGUGUUCUUUAUCUUUGCUGUCUGAUGCUCUAGAGAGAGGGAGCCAUGUUGCAGUGCUCCGUGUGUGUUUAUAUGUAAAUAAAGUAGAUCAGCCAAAAUGCUGAGUUGCUGAGGUCUGUUACGCAAGCUGCAAAGACUCUGCGGAUCCCUAAGUAUGCUGAUGUCUGUUGGCAUUGGUCGCUUUGAUGUUCGGGCUGAAGAAAGCUUUUGAAGCUCCCGAAUGAAUGACCAGGAGGGGGAGAACAUGCCAGUCAGGCAUGUGACUCUACCAGGGUCCUACUCGAGUGUAGGAUGAGCUCCUGACAGGUCAGGGACAAUGAGAGUAACCUCUCAUCAGUAACCUCUGGAAGGUCACAGGUUCCCAUCCCCACUGUAUUCCUUUCUUCUAUCCCAGCACAGACACACAUAGAAAGAGGUUUCCAACUCCAGCCCCUGUUUUGCUAACCACACCCUUGAACAGUAUAGAAAUCAUGGUGCCAGGUGGACUUCUGGGAUUUAAAGCAGACCUGCCCAACUGGUGAAUGGGGUUGUCAACUUCUGAAUUAAGCGCUGUGGCUGUGUGUCUUUAACAGCAGCUUGAUGUGUAGACAUUAGCAGGUGACUGUCCUCAUUUACAUGAAAAGCUUCACUUCUUGCUUUCAGCAGAUUCCAUAGCUUUUCAAGGAACAAGCGGGCCAGACCAGGCCAUACCACUCCUCCAUUUCUCCUUCUCUCUGUUAUUAUCCCUCCCCCAUCACCCUCCUUCAUGGUCUAACCCCCACCACCUCCACCAGAGUCCCAUCACUCCAUUGCAGUUGUAGACCUAAUCCUGCAAAGCAAUUUCACAUUUAGGACAUUUUCGUAACUUCUACCUUUGUAGGCCAAGAAGUUCUUCCAGAGGUAGCUGUGAUGACUGCAAAGAGCCGCAGACGAUAGCACAACUCACAAAGCACGUGCAAAGUCUUAAGAGGAAAAUCAGGAAAUUUGAAGAAAAGUUUGAGCAAGAGAAGAAUUAUCGGGUGAGAAACCACCCUGUUUCUGUGGUGUUUGAUGAGGCGGAUGAGACUGCAUUUGACUUGCUGGGUCACAGUGUUUAUGUGCCUGGAUUAAAUUAUGUUUCUUUCUUGUUGUUUCCUGGGUCCAAAGCAGAUGCAAAUCUGCUUUACUAGUAUUUAUGUUGGUGGGAGACAUGGCAGUCACUAGUGUUGAUGGCUGCAAGUGACCUCAUAACUACAAGUGACCUCAUAAAGGUCUGGGCUAGUUAAGCAAUGAUGUCACAAAUACUCAGGUGCUGGUUAUCAGAUACACUUGCCACGUUAAGCAAAAAGAGCCAGUAGUCACCUGGGCACUAGCAAGGUUAGGGAGCAGCAAUGUGCAGUCUUAUUAUACAGGCUGGUGAAAGGGCAGGUAAGUCAUUUUUGUCAUUUAGACUCUAGUGGGGUUUGGAUGCCAUCAGUGUAUAACAGAGUUUGGCAGUCAAGUUACUUUUGACCCAGCCUGGACCACAAUCCAGAUGUCAGCUGGAACGUUAUAUAUUCUGGGUUAAUAAAUGCAGAAUGUAUGUGGGCAACUUUGCCCAUUAAUAAUGAGAGCUGUAUGAAUAACAACAGCCACAGCCUAACUACCUGGCUUCCCCCUUGUUCUUUCCUGUCCAGCCUUCUCACGCUGACAAAAUAUCGAAUCCCGAAGUAAUGAAAUGGAUGAACGACUUGGCCAAAAGUCGGAAACAGCUUAAAGGUACACACAACUAUCAGCUGCAGUCUGUAGGAUAGGUCAUUUCUCUUUCACCAAUAAAUCUGGUGGAAGACACAGGGGGAAAAUGCUUCUUAGGGAAGUUUAGGGAAGUUUUUAAUAUUUAAUGCUGUACUGUUUUUAACAUCUGAUUGGGAGCCGCCCAUAGUGGCUGGGGAGACUCAGCCAGAUGGGCGGGGAAUAAAUAAUAAAUUCUUCUUCUUCUUCUUCUUCUUCUUCUUCUUCUUCUUCUUCUUCUUCUUCUUUUCUUUUAGCACUCGGAGUCAUUUCUCACUAGUGCUUGAAGGAGGGUCAAAUUCAGCCAGAUGCUGAAAGACCGAUAUUUAAUAUUGUCUUGAACCUUACCAGAAAAGCAACUAAUUUCCUAAGAGCAGGAGUGGACAGUUGUUGGACUUUAGUUCCCAUAAUCCCCCACCAGCAUGGACAAAGGUCAGGGAUGAUGGGAGUUGUAGUCCUGCAACAUCUGGGAGAGGUGCACAGAAUAGAAUACACAAAACUACCAAGUCUUAUCAGCCAUCACCUCCCUGAAAGCAUCCUAGGAACUGUAGCAAUACCCCAACCCCACUACCCUAGUCCUCAGUUUUCUCUAGGGAGAAGGAAGUUGGGUUAAGCUUGUGUAAGCUGGCAGUGUAGGUUUGCCCUGUAAAGUGCCGUCUGCCAGGAGCUGUUCCUGUGGAAGCAUCAAUGAAAUGAAUGGGGCUUGAAUGGAAAUCAGGCUUGGAGAUUCCAUCCCUUUUCCUGUAAUUUUAAACAGCAGCAUCAUUGAUCUCCCUCAGUGCCACAGAGUGCAACACUAAUGAAGUUAAUGCUGAGCUAAUAGCUUCAUUACACUGAUACCUUUUACACACUCAUAGUUAAGUGAUGCGUUUGAUCCUGUGUUACCAAACUGCUUAAAUUCCCCCCAUUUAAUUUCCCCCCAUUCUGUUAAGUUGUGAGUGUCGGAUAUUCCCUUGAGUGUGAGUUUCCUAGGCUUCCAUUAUAAACUGUAUCCCAACCAGAAGGAAAUCACGUCCACUUCAUACUUUUUCUUCAAUUAACAAUGAGGGUUAUGCUGCAUGAUGAGACAGAUGAGGUUGGGGUUGGGUUUUUUUUUUUUUUGCAAAAUGCAAAGUGGAAUAAAUCAGGACAAGUAACCUAAUCAUCGUACAGUGGUACCUUGGGUUACAGAUGCUUCAGGUUACAUACGCUUCAGGCUACAGACUCCGCUAACCCAGAAAUAGUACCUCGGGUUAAGAACUUUGCUUCAGGAUGAGGACAGAAAUCGUGCUCCGGUGGUGUGGCAGCAGCAGGAGGCCCUGUUAGCUAAAGUGGUGCUUCAGGUUAAGAACAGUUUCAGGUUAAGAACAGACCUUACUGGUACUUAACCCGAGGUACCACUGUAUUAUCAUUAUUAUGAAGGCAUGUGCAAAGUUGAGAAUGGCCACAGCAGGUGGAAUUCAGAUGCAGAGCUUCCUGUGGGAAGCUGGAGUGAUUUAAGUCUGUUUUAGUCUACUGAUGUCGGUGCAUCAGAGGCGUGUCGCAAGGGCAGAAUGUGGGAGCAAGGAUCCAGGGCCACACUCAGAAGCACAAUGAGGAGGAGGAUCCCCAAAUGCAGUAAAGCAAAGAGGUAGCCAUUGUGAGAACAGGAUGCUGGACUUUGAUCUGAUUCAUCAGGGAUCUUUUUAGGUUCUUAAAACCAGGGGUUUUAACACACAUUUUGUGAGCUACCAUAUAUGGACGGGGGAUUGCAUUUAACUCUGUGGGUCACCUGUAAGGGUUGUAGGUGAGCAAUCCAGCUCAGUGGUAGUAGUGGUGGUGAUUGUGUGUGUGUGUGCACAUUUUGUGGUGGUAGAAGGAAUGUGUUGCAAGUGGUUGCUCAUUCGUAUCCUGGGAAUUUUCCUCCCAGAGCUGAAACUCAAACUGUCAGAAGAACAAAGCUGCCCCCUCAAAGCAACUCAAAGGAACCUUCAUCAGGAGAGCUCCAAAGAGACUGUGAAGCAGGACACAGCAGGAGCUCCCCCGAGCCCCUCCGUAGAAGAAACCAUGGAUGCCGUGAUGAAACGACUGAAUGAGAAGCGGCAGCAGCUCCAUAUCCCCGAGAACGUUAAGGUAACACGGCUCUUUUAUGGUAUUUCUAUCUGCACAGCCUCGAGCCAAGUUCAGCUCCUGAACUGUUGGGCCUGUUUGUCAUGUGCCGAGCCACCAAAAAGGCAGUGGCAGUUUCCAUGCAUUGCUGUCCCACCCCUUCAGUGUAGCUCCACGUUUUGCCACCAACAGUUUAGAAGAGUUAAAUGAAACAGUUUAGUAGAUUUAUACGAAAACUGCAGGGGGAGAUACAGUCCCUCCUUUACAAAUAAUGUCUUUAGGAAGUCUUGGACAAAGAAGUGAUAGGCUGUUCAGAGAAAAUGUGCAGUUCCUGGUCAGUAUGUUUCAUGAAACUUCCACUAGGAAUGAGAGGUGUGCAAUAGAACACUAAUGUUUAGAGUUGUCUAUAUAUAUAUUUUUAAAAAACUUUUUUUUGCAUCACUCUUCAGCAGAAAGAUGCUGCCUGAGCAGCAGCUUAGGCAAGAUAAAAACAAAACAGUCCUGUAUAGAACAUAACACAAAAGGAAAAGGCAACGAGGAGGGAUGAGCAAAACAAGUCAGCUUAGACAUCCAUUAUUAAGAAUACAGAGUAGUUCUUGUAAUGGCCACCUGUAGGAAUAUAAACAAUUCAAGAAAAGGAGGAGCCAGUUGGAGCUGGUCUCUCAGCUGAACAGCCCUGCACACCAUCUCCCCCCUGCAGCCUGACAGAUUGCUGCUGUUGGGUGACAAUUGAGAAGAGAGGGCAUCUUGAUGGAUCUAGUCUCUCAGCCGAACUGAUGGCGUGUCCCUGCUUCCCACUUCUUGCUCUGCCACAGCCUGGUGGAAUGGCUGCUAGAUGUCAGUUGACGGAGGGAAGACCAUGAUGGGCCUCGUUUAUAUGUCAACAACAUAAUUAGGGAGCAUGUGUUUUAAGACUUUAGGCCUUGUGUGUGUUGUUCGUAAGCUCUCAUGUCUUAGACAAAUGUUACAGGCAAAAAUAACAGCCUCAGUCCGGAGAUAGUGUCCCAUUGAAAUCAGUGGGACAAGGACAUCUCUCUUUUGCUGGACUGGGCACAACGUCUUCAUAACAAGGGAUGAGGGCUGUUUUAAUUGUGAUGAUGGCCAUGUGGAGACCGUCAUAAAGCAGUGGCCCACUUAGGAACUCCAGGGCACCGGACUCAAGGCUUAUCAAUGUGCCAUCAGCUGUAUAAAGCAUUUGCACAGGAAGAUGCUUCUCUGUGGUCUUUGUGUGGCUGUUCCCAUGUUUAAAUCAGCCCCAAGGGUUUUUAAAGAGACAUUUUUGUGUCCUGCCUUAUGUCCAAGGUGGUAUCCAAUGAUCAUGAUUUUUAGGCAAUAACUACAUGACCCUCAGUUUAGGCUAAUCUGCUUGUCCCCACUCCUCCACAUGCAGCUGCUGGGUGACCUUGGGCUAGUCACACUUCUCUGAAGUCUCUCGGCCUCACUCACCUCGCAGAGUAUUUGUUGUGGGGAAGGAAGGGAAAGGAGAUUAUUAGCCGCUUUGAGACUCCUCAGGGUAGUGAUAAAGCAGGAUAUCAAAUCCAAACUCCUCCUCUUCUUCUUCUUCUUCUUCUUCUUCUUCUUCUUCUUCUUCUUCCUCUUCCUGUCGUUUGUAGUCUGAUAGGCAAUCUGACCUAGAAAGUGAAUGCAGCAUCAUAGCACCAGUGGAGAUCAGCUUUGUUUUUAAGUUAACUUAUUUAGUUUUGAGAACUUCUCUGCAAUGUGAACCUUUUCCAUCUCAGCCUGACUCAUCUGGUUCAGUUGCUUACCAACAUAACCUAGGCUGUUGUUAUUAUACAUCAGAUCUAUCCCAAAUAAAGGAUCUAUCAUCCAUGGUUUAAUCGUGGAUGUGGGGGCCAACCUGGCAUGUGUUACUGAGACCUGAGUGGGUGAGCUACAUGGAGUUAGUCUUUGUCCAGUCUAGGUGUCAUUGUGAUGCACAGCGAUUCAUUCUCUCCCAAAAGUGGUGGUGAUGGACACUUGGAUGGUUAGAAAAGAGAAUUUGACACAUUCAUGGAGGACAAGCUGAAGAAGUGCAUUGCAAUAUUCGGAGAAGUGUCAGUUUCAAACAGUGGAUGAGUUUUGGAUCGUGUAUUGUUUCAGAAUCUACCAAAUUUGGUAGGUUCACCUUUGAAAUGAGAACUGAAUCAAAUUUCACUUCCAUCCUUACAGUGAUUGUAGGAGAUGCUUUGUCACUCUUGCGGUGCUGUGAUGUAAAAUUGAUUUAUUGUGGUGGUGGUUUGAUUUUUUUCCGGAUUGUUAUAUUUUAUUAUGUAGCAUAUAUUUUUUAUGAUUUUCCCUGCUCUGGGAUUGAUUUUAAUGAAGAGUGGAUUAUAAACCACCCAUAUAAAUCAGUACACAAAUUAAAUCCAAAAACAACCCUUAGCGGCUUUUGCUCUGCUUGCUUAUCACCCCCACCCCCCGUCCUGCUCCCUGGCCACAAUUUAAUUCGGCUACUUAAAAUUAUACCAAGAAAUCAUGAGCUCUGUCAGAAGCAUAUAUAUGAAAGCUGGUUUAUCCCCGUUAAUCCUCAGAAGUUUAAAACAAAUUGCAGAACUUUUCAGGCAGCUGUAACUGGUCUAGGAUUAGUUAAAUGUGUGCACUCAUAUGGCACCUGCAAAAUAAGAGUGGGGAGUGGAUGUUUUUUCAUCUCUGCCCAGUCCUGUAAGCUGCUGCCUGAGAAGAUGUUGCACGAGAGCCAGGGCUGAUACCAGGAAAGAACUUUGUCUCCUUUGUCUGAAAUUCAGUGCAGACAGCCUGCGGCACAUACAAACAAGGUUGAAGUUACUCCACUUUAGCAAGGAUGGAGGAUCUCUUAUGGUCAGGAAGCAUAGUACCUCUGGUGGGAAACACGUUGUGCUCCUUCUGGGGUAGUUUGUCUACCUUUGGUCCCUACCCUGCAGUGGGGACCCAGGUUUACGAGUCAACUACAAUAAGGCUGUAAGAUGAGAUUACUUGAAACAAUUUAUGGGAGAUGGAUAGUAAAGAAAAUCAAAUGCAUUUGUAUUUUUUCCCCCUAGGAUGAUAAUUAAAUUAAAUUUGAUGAGCAUCAGCUUUGGGGCUUGUUUUUAGAGAGCCUUCCAGGUUUACCCAAUCUAAUUAGGUACAUGCCUGCAUGAAGACCGAUCGAAAGGCCCACAGUGCUUUCUGAAUCAGAGAGAAAACUCUAAGAAUAGGAUAUCAAAUGACACUUGUUGGUGCUGGAGGAAGCGAGGAACCUUUGACUGAUUCAUCAAAACAACUCUGUAAGCUUUAUCACUUUGAAAUAUAGCCACUUUCUAAGGGGUCUUCAAGGCUUUGUGCAUAAUUCAGAAACCUGCAGAUGGUUAUACAGCACAGAAAGAAGAGGACCUAAUCUAGCUAAGGUUUGUUGGGGCUAAUGUUACAGUUACAAGCUGUGCUGAGUACACGGAAUAAGUCAGUUGCAAGUACAGGCAACCCCCAAUUUGCGUGGGGUUCCAUUCCGAGUCAUUGCACGCUUGUGUGAAAACUCAUGCAAUUAGAACACCCCCUUCUGCCCUGCCCCACCCUCUUCUGCCCCUUUAGUGAUGCCUUUUAUGACGUUUCUGGGUUUGGCGAUGUGCACAUGUGUGCAGUUGUCCAUAUAUUGGUCACGCCUAAAAGUCACAUUUCUUUCACUGAGACUUGGACAGGCUGAGGCCAAACUGUAAUUAUUCCACGUGUAUUGUGUUUUGGUACAACUUCUGCCUGCGCAAGUCCAUGCAUAUGUCCAAAUUGGAGAGGCAUGGAUUUCUUUUAUACUGUGGAAUAUAAUGCAUCUUUUCAUGUUCCUUCUUGCUUUUCCUACAUGUAAUGUAUAAAUGGAAGUGGAGAGAACGGGUUGAAAUUUUCUGCCUGUUGAUUAGCUAGUUUUAUGCGUGCAGCCUGAUGGGUACUUAAAACCUGGCGAAGGGAGGACUGACUUUCUUGAUUCUGUGUAGAUGUUUUCUAGUUAAAGUGUUUCAGAACAGGAGAUUUAUGCGUGGGAAAAGAGAAAGUACAAUAAAGCAAAAGAAACUGGUGUAUUUACGGAUGGACAGAGCAAGCUUCUUUCUGUGCAUGCUCAUGCAGGAGAAAUUAGGUGUCUCCCAGCAUAUUCUAAGGUGGACCUGCAUAUAUCAAUGGCUCGGGAACUGCACACACUCUGCACAUGUAUUUCCUGGGGCUGAGUUGCCACCUUGAGCAGUAGGUGCUGUAGACUUGGUUCCCGUGGCUGGCUUUGGAGCUAUGUAUGCUAUGCACUACAGCUUUAACAGCAGAAAUAGCCACUUACCUUUGUGGAUCUGUGGGGCUGGCCCCUUUGCUGCCUUAGCGUGGCUGUGCCGUAGGCAGUGGUGGCCUGCCAGAGGGGGUGUGGUUUCGUCCUCAUGCAGAGGAACAGUGGGGCUUCCUUUCUGGUUGUGCAAUGACGCUGCAUGCAGUUAAAGCUACUGGUCUUGUGUGCAUGUGCCUCUGCAUCAGGGUUGAAGAGGCUAAUUAUGCAAAUAUUUACUUCCUGCUUUCUCAUACAUCAAUUGAACUGGACUAAAAAGAAAGUCUGUCUCCCUCCCCCUCUCCUUUGGUCUGCCCUCAGCUGAUUUGCUUGAGGAUAGCUCAGUGAGAGAACACAUGUCUUCUCUGAGAAGGUCCCAGGUCCAGGCCCUGACCUCUGCAGUUCAAGGAUUGCUGGUUGCAGGUUGGAGAAACGUCCUGUCUGGGGCCUUGGAUAUUACUGUAUAAGAAUUCAGUAUAAGGGAGCUUCAUACGUCUGCUCAGUUUUUCUUCCUCUCAGCCCCCAUUUCCAGUACCCUGACUAUUGCAUGCUUCCCCAUGCAUCAUAUCCUUAAGGAUUUGCUUCCUGGUUUUUCCAUUUAUCCUACAGCAAAGUUUGUAUCUUACUUAAGGUGGGAUUCACCCAACACACCAUGUUAGUGGAGGUCCUGGGCAAUGGGGCUAUCUCAUUGCACCUGUCCCCUUCAGUUGGCUCGGGGUUGGUGUUGGGGGGUGAUCCCCCAGAACAGCACUGGGGAGGGAGAGGGGGGAGAGUUUCAUCUGGCUGCAAUGCUUGAACUGGUGGGAUGUUUGCAGUAGAGGGAUUUUUAAGUCUACUCUUGGUCUUUGAUUACGCUGGGCUUUUGUGUCUUUGUAGUUGCUGCCCUGAAUGUAUAGAUCUUAUAUAUUGUGGAAAUGGAGGAUUACACCAUAACUGAAGGUUGGAAAUGUGGAUCAGCAAAUCAGUCUAUUUCUGGUCUGCAUCACUAAUCGAACCCAUUUCUGAUGUUCUUCAUUUUUUAAAUCUGCACACGAAUUCGCAUUUAGCUACAUGUUUAAAUCAUUUAGUUGCAAAUGUAUUUUUUCUUCAAAAUAUGCAUAUUUAAACAUGUUCUGUUACUGUUUUUGAGCCACUGGAACAUCUGGUUUAAAAAUCUGGCGGACAACUUAAGUUUCAAUCUGCAUCUUUGUCUGCGAGGUUCAGAUCAGGUCAGGUCAAAUGAGGAUUCUCAGAUACUGAAUUCCUCAAGCUUCUCCAGUUACCAGUGCCUUUAAACUUUCCCAGGAUGGGACGUCUGUCAAAAUGACCUUUGAGCCAAACCUACUUGUACUGCUUCUCAUUGUAACUGUCCAUAAUGUGGUUUCUAGAACUGCAUAGUUGGUGCCUUGGCAUUUUCACUAGGCCUUCCAUAAGAAUGGACAAUCUUGAGGAUAUGACAUGACCGAAAUCCUUUCAGCCAGCAGGAGCAGGCAAAAAUGUAUGACUUCUUUCAGUGUUUUUACCUCAUUUUGUCUUGGCUUGAGUCCCUCUUUCCUAUUAUUUUGAGGCAGAAAUUAAUUGUGGUGCUAAGACUCAAUUAUGUCAAAGGAGAGGUUAGUAGAUAUCUGGACAGUCCGCGGCUUGACAAUCCUUAUGUUGACUGACAGUCAACAGCAAGUCACUAAACCAAGCACCCAGCGCCAUAACAGUGCCAGUAUUUUGAGACAAUGGAUCAUGCAGUUGUCACGGGCAAGGAGUGUACAGAGACAGUGGCAAUUUUGAUCCCAGCACUGCUGGCCAUCUGUUUUUGCAGGACUACUGGAGUCCAACUUCUACACAAACAGUGAAAUUGUUAGCCAACGAGGAGUUUCUUCCUCAUUUUUAAAUCCCUAUUGCAAAAAAAAAAAAAAAAGCAGUGGCAUGAAGUGCAUUUGUGUGUUUUUUUAAAAGCCAGAGUCACACUUUCCUCCUGCUACUGUUUAUGCUAAAGAAACAUAAAGCAGCGUAUAGAUUAGGACCAACAACGCUUCUUCUUUGGCACCCAGCACAAUACAGACAUCUUGUUUCACCAGAGUCAGUAUGGUGUUGCUUCUUAUUUCUUUUCAGGGAAACAAGCAAGAUAGGAGCCUGAUGAAGCCCCUGUAUGAAAGAUACAGAAUUAUCAAGCAGCUUCUGUCGACGCCAUCUUUGAUCACAACCAUUGUAAGUCCAAAGGAGGUUCCGGAAAUAAAUCUGCCCAAAUUUUUGCCUUUUUAAAGGCUCCAUUCAUAUGAAGUGUUUUGCCCACUAGGGAAUCCUUCUCACGGAAUGUGUUGAGGGAAUAGUACAGCCAAGGGAACUGCAAAAUAGCACUCCCAAGAAUGGAAUAGCAGCUGUUCAGAAUGCUCAGUAGUGUGUUUAUUUAGGCUCCAUCUUGCCUCUCUGUAUAAUGAUUGUUGUUGCUCUUUUAAAAAAUAAAUUUACUGUUUUACAGUUUUAAUUAACCCUGCAGAUUGACAAUACAUCCAGGACUACUGCUGGAAACCAAUGUUACGCUGGUGUUUUCCACGCAGUGCUGGAUUUACGUACCUCCCACUCUCUUGGGGGCCCUCAAAAAAAUUAAAGGAAAAAACCCUGUAUUAAUUGUAUUUCAGUUCAACAAUUUCUUUGAUAAAAUACAUAUUUUGUUAUGUGCAAAUGGCUUUGGAUACCUAUUAGGUCCGUAAAUUACCAUAUAGCAUAUAUUCAACACUAAAAGCAGCGACAAUUUGUUGUUGACAAAGGACAGCUGGACAUAUAAAGGGCCCCAUUACCUUCAGUAGCUUAGCGCCUCAUCAAACCUAAAUCCGGCCCUGUUUCCACAGCAGACUAAUAACCCUUGGGAGUUAAAUAUGUCCAUACAUACAUCUGUAAAUCCCUGGGAGCAACAUCUGGGGGACACAAUCGACAUGUGCACACUUUGUUUAUUUCCACACUUGGUGCAUGACACUGGUCUUCACACCGGUGUUUCCCACAGGAAUCCUGAUGUGUCCUGCCCUUCCUUUCCCACAUUCCUGGGUAUCCCCAUCUUUUGGAUUAGGGAAGUUGCAUCCCAGGCAGAUUUGAGUCCCCGGGUUCUCUUCUUUUAAAAAGUAACCACUGUGUCUAGCUCAAACUUUGAAAUACAAAGCUUGUACAGCAUUAGGAAACAAUGACCAUCCUUUGGGAAGGUGUCUUUUAUGAGAGUGAAGUAAGCCAAAUUGUUUGUUGCUACCCCAUUAAGGGUGUGCCUCACUUUUCUUUUCUGUGGCAAUCUGCUAACACGAGUAAGGCUGCAAACACAAGCAUUAUUCCCAAGAAAUAAAAUGCAUUGGACUCAGCAUUUUUACUUGUUUAGGAUUGGGCUUCAAGGCUAGCGCCAUGGAAAUAGUUCUGAAGGAAAACUAGAUCCCAGAAAUUGCAGUUUCUUACAUUCAUAUUAAGAGGCGGUGUCACAUAAAGCUAAUUCCCUUGUGGAAAUGACCACGUGAAUUCCUGAUUAAGAGUGUGUAGCUUAUGUCCUGAGGAGAUUCUGUCAGUCACAUUUUCUUAGCAUUAUUUUUUAACCAUGGUUAAUCUCAUGCACUUUCUAUGGAACUUUCUCAGUAGUUAUUUCUGAUGCAGAUCUAUUUUAUGUUUCCUUUCCACUGAUGUGCAUGCAGGUAAUUAAUUUGAUAACCCCCAUUCUGUGUUACAAGCAGGAGGAGGAAGAUUCUGAUGAAGAUCACUCCCAGAGCAGCUAUGAAUUGUCCUCCGCCAUGUCCCUCCAUUUGCCUUCUGACGAACAUCUCUGUCAUUCAGAUGAGGAGAAUGAGCCCGCCUUUGUGUCACCCCUGGAUGAAAAGAAAGCAGUCAAACAGCCUGCCCUGUCAAUGUCCAACUUGCACGAGGCCACAAUGUGAGGACGGACUUUUGUUUCUUAAACUGGACAAAAUAGCACGGUCGUUCCUUAGGGGGGAUACAGUUUCUGACAAGAUGCAGAAGUGUGGGGAACAAAUAGCGCAAAUCUCCCCGUCAUCUCUUCGCAUUGUGCUUUGAAGUGAUCCUAAGCCAUCUGUUCAGAUGCCUAAUGUAACAGAGGAUAUAUUUUUGUUUCAUGACUGUGCUAAUAGGCUUUUUACAGCAUCAACAAUGACCCACAGCUACAAACAGUAAAUACGUAUUGGAAAUUGGCCUAAUGUAGUACAACUUUUCCUACUUGCCAUAAAAUAAUAAUAAUAAUAAUAAUUAAUAAUAGUGUAAAAUAGUGUAAAACUACAAUAAUGUAAAUCACUGUGUCUUGUCAGAACUUUCAAUAUCUAUUGGAAUUAAUUAGCAAAAUGCAUGUCGUUUGAGAGCAUCCUGUCCUAGGCAUGGGCUGAAAGAGGAGCACCUGUUGAAGCUGCAUGCAUAUUCCUGAUCCCAAAUCUGUCACCUGUCUGUCACUUCCAGUGUUUUCAGACACAAUUCUCCUUUUGCAGGCCCGUGCUGCUGGAACAUCUCCGAGAAACGAGAGCUGAUAAGAAAAGGCUAAGGAAAAUGUUACGAGAAUUUGAGGAUCAGUUCUUUAAGCAAACAGGAAGGUAAGGCAACUACAUUCAUGCUUGGUCUCUGUACCCCUUCUGUAUGUCGCUGCUGACCUAGACAGUCACAGAUCCUGAAGAGUAAGUUGUCUACAGAUCUCUGAGUGAGCCUUUCCCCUGUAGUACUAAAAUCCUGAGAAUUUUCCUCUGGUGACUACACAAACCAAGAUUUGCCAAGGAUUUCUGAUUUUGCCAUAGCAAAGGUACCCUUCUUUUCCUAGGAAUUGAAAUUGGCAGGCACACAUCAUGCUCACAACUCUCUGCCCUCCACCACAAAAAAGUUUAUUACUGAGGUGUGUAAGAAUAAGAGGUAUCUUCCUGCAGGAGAACUUCCUCCCUAUGUGCCUAUGAUUGGAAAGAGACAAGUCCAGAGGAGCCAUUUAUGCAGAGAUAUAAUGGGCAGCCACCUCUGUCUGUCUGUCUGUCUGUCUGUCUGUCUGUCUAUGUGUGUUGGGUUUAAUUGAGUUGUACCAGCAUACUGGCAGUUUUAAGUUUGCCACAAUGUACACUUUUGGGGAUUACUCUCCUGCUCAUUCCAUGGGAGUAUUUGUUGGCCAUUUGUAGAUGAGGACAGCACCUAUGAUUUGUUGAAAAGACGACAUAUUAGAAUAGCUCACAUACAGAGCAGAUCCAGUGGUCUUCAACAUGUUAACAAACGUAUUAAUGUGUGUGAGUGCUGGGGUGUCCCACAGUCUCUGAACCCCACUGUUGCAAGCAAGCACAUAGCCUAACCUUGCAUACAGUUCUCUCCAACAUUCACUUGCCUCUUCUUUGGAAGAAGACUGUCUGAAUGUGGGUUUUUAAAUAUCAAUUCCUAAAAACAUAUCUGCACUAUAUUUUCUUUCCCCUUGUUAUAUGUGGGAACCUAUAAUUAAAGAGACAAACACAAAACUCAUAUUUGAGCCAGAAGUGCUCUGCGAAAGCUUGCUCCUUUUAAGCCCCAGCAUUCAAAUUUUGCCGCUUUACAGGACUCCCCAAAAGGAGGACCGCAUCCCCAUGGCAGAGGAGUACUUGGAAUACAAGCACAUCAAAGCCAAGCUGAGGCUGCUGGAGGUCCUCAUCAGCAAGCAUGAUGUCUCCAAAACCAUCUGA